AUGGGAGCCAUGGGCGGGACCAAGGUCUUGCUCCUGGUGUUUCUGGUUGGUUGGGAGAAGUCUCUGGGUCUGAACUGGAACCCAGUCCCACGCAAAACAGUUCGAUUCAACGGUGAGUCAUCUUUUCUGGUUAAUAAGAAGGUUUUACCUCAGAGAGAUGCUGAACUCUUCAGAUUUUUAGAAUCGCUGUUAGUAACAGCUUCUUACUCAAGCUUUUGUUCAGGUUAGAAGUCUUUUUUUCGUACAUUGUUGAUAUCUGAAAGAUAACAAAAAGAAAACUGAAGGAUAUUGUUAAAAAAAAACUUUUCUUCCUUUGGGAAGACCAAUUCUUUAAAAUACAAACAGAAUUACAACCGCAUUUUACUCAUACUAGCAUUGAUAACUGGGAGACAAGGGUUGAUGACUGGCACUUGUACACAGACUUGAGCAUCAGGAUCAGAAGAUGAAGAAAAGGACUUGACUGUGGGUGACUUGACUUAGACUCACUGGUGACGACUCGGACUGAGAGGAAGACUCAGACUCAAGCUAUUGGACUAUCUCACUCAGACUUCUUUAUGAAUCAAGGACGAUUUGUUACUUUACAUGUUUUGACUUGGACUCGAUACUAAUGACUUCAACUUGUACAUAAACUUGAUAAUUGACUGCACUAGGACUUGGAAGGGGAGAGACAGAAUUUGACUCAUUUAUUGACAAAGACUGAUCUAUUUUUUCUGGGACUGGACUUGGACUCCAGAUCUGAUGAUUGUACGCUGACUCAAUUAUCGACUCUAUUGGGAGUUGUAGGAUUGAGAGAAAGACUCACUGAUGGGCUGAUUUUUGACUAUGCUGGUAAUGUAAUUUGACUCUACAUGGACUUGACUUGAGCCUAGAUGGACUUGUACACAGACUUGAUUAUUGACCGCAUUCGUACUUAGAAGACUGAGAGGAAGACUCAUGUUUUGACUAAGACUCCAUUUUUGUUCUUGGUAGUUACUGUCUUUGACUCAACUUGAACUUGAACACUGAUGACUCGGACUUGUUAACAUAUUCAAUCACUGAUUACACUAAAACUCUACUACUCUUUUACAAACAUGGACUUUUUUGUUGUUUUUUUUUAAUGAUCUUGUUUUGCUAGCUAACUAGAACAGUUAAGCGUUGUUAAUUUCACUCAGAUUUCAUCGGAGAUGUUUUGAGCUGCAGAGAAGUCAUACUACGAUGCUUUACAAGACGAGAAAAGACAAGAAUGUUGAUGCAACUUGUUUUUGAGAUCCACACCCAAAGAAAGCCGAACAAUCAGCCCACUGGAGCGAGUAGAAAGUGGUAUAAAUCUGUGACUCUUAAAGCUUGAUGUUGUUGUUGCACCUUUAAAUAGUAGCUGGUGAACUACACUAGCUUGGGUGUCAACUAACAUGCUAGGAAGCAGAUUGCAUAAGGACUAAUUAGCUUGUUGCUAUGCUUUAGUUAACUUGGUCGCUAAGAAGACAAUUAGCACAUACGGUUUAUUUAAAAACUGUGUUCAACUGUCAUCUGAAGCCGAUCAUCUGAUUAUCACCUUCCUGCAAAAGCGGAUGUUAGAAGAAGAACAAGAUGAAACUCAACAAAUAAAGCUUGUUAGAUUUAAGAGUCUCCAGCUGCUCUUGCCAAGUUCAAGACAAAACCACAGGAAAUUAUUUAUGUCAAACUUCUCCAAAGUUCGCAGAACUUUUUGCUUUUCUCCCUGCAGCCCAAUUCACCGAAGCAAAGCGUUGAGACAGAGUUUAUUGACCAACAACAGUUGGUAGAAACCCUAGGGUCGGCCCUGGAAUGAUUUAUCUGGCUGGUAAUAGCUGUGCAAAUGUAUUCCAGAACAACAAUCAGGAGAGGAUUUUCCAUUAUAUCAUAGAUGGAUGAUUUCUGAUUUUGUUAAGAGCCUGUGUUCGGCUGUCAGCAAGACAAUACAUCAGUCUAAUCCUCGCGCUCAACUGUAUUUGCACUCUUUAUCUCAGCCCUCCUCUGCAGCCAGCAGCAGCUUUCUUCACCGAACAAUCCCAAUUGUUGCGAGCUGAGAAAUAGUCUGUUUUAUUUUAAUCCCUCAAAGAGGAAGUGCUGCUUUCUCUCUCUUGAGGAUUAGGGAAAUACUAUAAAGAGAGGUAAAAAAUGUAGUAAAAAAGCUAUCUCACCUCUCUGUACUACCUAUCCCACCUUUCAUGCCUUAUCUCCCUCUCCCUCCUUUCUCUUCCUCCUUAUUCUUUCUCUUUUUAUUCCUCCCCUCCCUUCUUUUUUGCUUUGUGUGCCGCGGCUCAUCGUAUGAGCCCGAAAUGCUCUUAUAGCGUUGUCACAAAGAGCUCCGAUUUCAGCCUCUCUCCAGGAGAAUGGAGCUCGGUGGCCAUGGAGGGAGUGGGGAUAUUUCAAAAGCUGCUUUCUCAUGCCGCUAUCAUGCACCCACACCCCUCCUCUUCUGCUUUUUUUACCCACAAAGCCCGCCUCCCUCCUCGUAUUCCUCCAAACUACAGCUGUGGAGGGAUAUGAGGACACAGGAUGGGGGUAAAAGCAUCGAUAGGGCGUCAAUACUCCGGGAUGACACAGCAAGCUAAUAUUGGCAGAGAGUGGGUCAGAUCUGUGCUGGAAAAGCCUUUUAGUAAAGUCAAAGCAGACAGGGCAAAGUGGGACAGCUGCAAACACACGGUCUUAUAAGGAAACAACCCAGAAAAUUGCACCGCCACUUAAACUUUCUGUAUUUCUGAGCGAGGCUGGCAAGUCAACCUGCCUGUAGAGACAAGAUAACUCCCUACUUCUUGUGCAGCUUCACUCUUUCUCUCGUGAAUGCCUUCAAAAUAAAAGCCCUGUCAUGAAAGGAGAAUGAAGCAGAUUUCGACGCUUCUAUCCCACUUGAUUCAAGUGUGGCACUCGAGAGCAGAAAGAUUCUCGACGCAAAUUGAUUUGCAUUGGAAACAAGUGGGAUUAUGGCACCGUCGACAGAUUCCUCCACUCGGUUGGGGGAAAAAAAUGAGAUUCUUAGGCUCAAUAGUGGGUUAAAUGACUUAUAUGGAUGGUUCUAGGAGGGAGAUAGGAGAGAGACGAAAUGGAAAAACAAAGCUGCAGAAGGAGAGGAGAGGAGAGUGAGGGGGGAUGUUUAAUGGAAAGAAAGCGAGGGAGUGAGACAGGUGGAGCGACAUAGAGAAAGAGCGGGAGAGAGAGAGGUCAGUCACUAACUGCCUUUAAAAGGGCUGAAAGUAGAGGAAUGACAGGAAAACACACACGCACACACACAUCGUUCACCCUUUGUUGCAUUUUGCAUGGCGCUGUCUCUACACACACACACACAUAAAGCAUCUAUGUAUAACCAGAGAGAGAGAGAGAGAGAGAGAGAGAGAGAGAAAAGGAAGGGAGGAAGAGAGAGAGAGAGUUUCAAGACAGAGACAAGACAAGCGAUAAAAACUCAGAGUGAGAGAAAAUUUGGGGGCACGGAGGGCGUGUGUGUUUAUACCUAUUUGUGCAGAGAGAGAGAGAGAGAGAGAGAGUGUGUAUUCAGCUCUGAGUCUGUCUAUCUAAUCCCCCUUUGUUUAUAUAUGUGUGUGUGAGUGUGUGUACUGCUUAGGCUGGCAGUCUGAGGGAUUUGAAAGUCCGGGGAGUGUAGGAGGGGUGUGUGUGUGUCUGUGUGUGUGUGUGUGUGUGUGUGUGUGUGUGUGUGUCUGUGAGGGAGUUGGGUGGUAGGAAAGAGAUGGUUGAAGAGAUAAUAUUUGCCCCCUCCUCCUCCCUCUACCCCCCCCACCCGGCAAUUACAAGACGGCUUACAUGAGGUUGCAGAAGAAGAAGCACAAACAUCCUCCUUCCUUCUCAUGUGUCUCUCUUUCUCUCCUCCUCCUCUUCUUCUUCUUCUUCUUCUUUGUCUUACUUAUUUUCUAAAGUCACGUGCAGGCUGUUGUUAUUCCACGCCAGCCUCUCAUCACAUUGACAGAAAGGAAAAAAAUACCCGAUUGGCUUUUUAAUGGGACAUUUUAUAUACCCACGUAAUGUAUGGCCUUUUGUAGAGCUGCUAAUGAGGGCUGUAAUUUUCUUUUCUUCUGUCGUCACCCACGCAGAACACGUAUCCAGAUAUUUUAUUUAGGUUAUAUUUCACAUCAACUUUGCAUUCAGACCGAACAGAUUUCUCGUUCAUCAUCAUUUCCUAAAGGUCUUCUCAUCCUCACAUUUAGACGUUUCCUUCUUUUACGGCUUCGUUUGGUGCUUUUCACUAAGUAGAGAUGCAUCUCAUAAAGAUAAUUAGAGCUCCGGAUCCAUUUGUGGCAUUAACUGCAAAGCUCUUGCACAUCGAGGAACCUUAAAAAUAGACUGUAUUUGAAUAUUUAAUGCUGCAGGUCAGUGACUUUUGAAAACACUUACUGAGGCAUUGUUUUUUUAAUUUACAUUUUGAGCACUCGGAUGAAGAUCUGAGGGUCAGAGUCAGAGCCAAAAUUAAGAGCAAGUAGUCUAAAAUGAAGUUUUCAGCUUCCAUAAGGAGUUUUUUUUACAACUAAGAUAAGACUGUAGUAUAUAUUGAUGACUUUUUAUGAUAUCCAAAGGCAAGCAAAACUAUCAGUGGUAUAAAAAAAUGAUUCUUAUAUAGUGAUUUUUAAUCCAUGAAACUCAGGCAUGAGGGUUGGUGUCAGCCAAACAGUUAAAGAAACAGCUGUUUUUAUGAUAUCGGUGCAAAAUAUUCAACAUUUAUCAAACAUUUGACAAGGGACUUGAUUAAAGUAGACAGAGGACAAGAUCAGAUGGACUGCUUUGGCCACAGGGGGCGCCAACAGAGACAGAAAACUUAUACCUUAUUACUUAUUUACUAAUUAGAGACAAAUAACUAAUGAUAGAGUACAUCACAGCAGGAUGAUACGACAUGAAAGAAAUAAAAUCCAGAAUUUUGGUAUCUUACCAGUGAUCAAAGGCUGAAUAAUGUCUGCAGAAGUACAUUACUGUCACUAGAUAUCAUACAUAUGAAAAUGUACGCAUCCGUUUCAGACGAUGGUUCCGUCACUGCCCACAUACUUCCAUGCGUCCUUUACGUUGGCAUGGAUGUUAACCAUUACAUCCACCAGGGGGCAGGCCGGAGUCAAAAGUUUCUGACAGCAACAAACAAAAAGAAACAUGGCGACUGUGGAGGAGCUAGUGAUGAUAAAUGUUUUGCAUAGGAGACAGAAACGGAGGCAGGAUGGAGAAUUCUUUUCUCAAGUAGUACUGAUGAGAGAAAUUGACGAUGAUUGUCUUUGUCGUAUCGGGUAGUGACAGCAGCAACACUGCCGCCACGGUUUCCGGUUGUACUGCUCCGUCUGGCCUGUAUCUGUAAACUUCAAGGAUAUGUGGAUGAAAAUAAUAAAUACGCGAUGCAUGGACUAAGAGCUCCGUCGGUAUCCAGAUCCUUAUGUAACCUUUAGCAUAAAUGAACCUUAAAGCGAUACUUUAGGGUUGUAUGUGGUAGAUGUCAGUAGUAAGUGAAUUACCCACUUGAGUUCCUGGUCAGCUUGACCUAGUUGUUGAGAAUCACGGUGGAGAGACAGCACAGAGGCGAGGAUAACUAUUGCAGCAGGUUUCAUUUGUCAGCUGAGUGACAAUUUUGAAAAGCAUCGAGAUGGACAGCCUGAGAAACUAUGACAGGUGUGGCUGCGGAGAUCACUAAUGAAAAAUGAGAAAUAGAAAUACAAUCUGUCACCGGCAGAGUUCUCCCAGUAUUGUUGGGACCAAAUGUUGAACCACCUCAGCCUUCAUGAGAGUCCUGUGAGUGUUUUUAAUUACAACACUGGACAAAAUGUGGUGAAUUAGUCAUCACUUACUGCAAUAAUAACAUCACCAUGCUGAUAACGGUGGUAGUGGAGCUGUGUCAUGAUCAGUCCAGAGCAAAAAGAAGAAAAUUGAAGAUUUCUGCAGAGAGAGUCUGCAGGUUUUUCUCAGUCUUAUACUCACUUGUGUGAUUUCUUUAUCCUACAGCAUCAGUCAAUGAAACAGUUAUUAGAGUUUCUUAAAGCUACACAUCAAAGUUUGCUUCUAUGAAUAAACUGUGUUACCAUGUCGAAUGGUAUUGAAUAAACGUAUACAAUAUGGAGCACAGACUCCUUUCUUUUGCUACGAGAAGUACAUGUUGUUUCUUGUUCGAAAAGUCAAGGUUCUCACACGAUUGUCAGACUUUUAAGAUAUUGUAUCAAGUUCUCUGAAAGGUUCACUUGUUUUCAGUUUUUUCCCUUUGCCUCUUUCGCUCUUUCUCUCUGUGAAUCUCAACCUGCUCUGUUCUCUGUCUCUCCUUCUCCCUGAAUUGGCUGCAGAUGAUUUGAGCAUCUAUUAUGUUGUUUUAAGCUAUUUUCACCACCUUAUUUGAACUCCCCAUUGUUGGCAACAGAAACUACUCCGGCUGAUAUCACCAUCGUCUCCACUCGCUGCUUUUCUGUCUCUCUCUCUCAAACACCGUAAUUUUUUUCCUCCUGAUGGGCUCAUACUCGCAGACACACAAAGACGCACACACACAUACACUCCUUAGCUCCCAAUGACAGAGGCCAGUAAGCCAAAACUUUGAUAAAUCCUAGCAGCUGUGGUCGGACAAAGAAAGGAGGAAGGAACGACUGGGAGAAAGGGAAGAAAGAGGGAGGUGACGAGGCCAAAUAGAGACCUUAGAAACUUGAUAUUUGGUUUGAAAAUGCAGCCUGCUUUGAAGCUCCAAACAAGCCAUGCAUCUUUAAAGAAAAGCCAAAGCAAACUUUAUGCUUCUGAUUUGGAAAAAAAGAAAGACAGAAUGAGAUGUUUGGAGAGAGGGAAAAGCCGGCCUUUUGACCUCCAGAAACCUCUCUCUCUCUACCUUUCUCUCCUUUUUUUCCCUCCUCUUUCUUUCUUUCUUUCUUUCUUUCUUCAGCCGUAUCUCUCCAAACCCUCCAAUUACAGUAAUGAGUGGUUGAGAGCGAGCAGAGAGAGGCUGUGCGUGACUGGGAGGAUAGAUGGGGGAGGGUAUUGAAGAAAGAGAUUCAUCACUGCAUUUUAUCUGCUAUGAGUGUCACUCAUCCCCCGACCUUGCGCUGAUUGGUCAGUGAAGAUUAACAGCCGGGACCAGAUGUCAGGACCUGGAGCACUCUGUGUUGUCAUACAGGCUCUGUGCCUGCUGAUGUGUGGGCAAGUGGGCAUGUGCAUUCAAAUGAAAUUGCGGCUCUAGUGCUGCUCUUAUGCAGAGCACCUUUUUGUACUAUUAGAGCUGUGCUUGAACUCAUGCACUGGUGAACCUCCACAGGCGUAAUGUUAAAAAUCACUGCCAUGCACUUCCCUUAUUAUUAAAUCAAGAGGGAGUACGAACAUGUGAUUGUCUCACAAUUUAUGUAUUAGAGUUUUUUAUGAUUUCUCCAGCUCCUUUUUUCUUUCAGCUCAUAUCGUGGACUAAACUAAUCAGUAGAAAUGUUUUAUAUUGUAUGAAGGAUGAUUAAUGUUAGAUUUAUCCACAUCACAAGCCAUGAGACUGGCUGACUUUUUUUCUCUCUCUUAGGUUGCUUUGUGUCAAUUUGAAUCUAUGCUUUUAUUUUGAAGGAGCCAUCAGACUUUACAGUUCUUCUAUAAAUAGUAGAUGACUUUUUGAAACAUGACAAAUGAGUUACCUCCGAAGUCAGAUGUCCGAGCUGGGAAUGAUGCCACACCUGAGUUACUAGCGUUUCAGUUACAAAGUUGGGAAAAAAACAAAAUCGGAGGCGCUUGUCAUUUUAAUUAUUUAAGUUAUUAUAGCAUCCCCUUUCGUAGAUGUAGCCAUCUUGUUAUUAGUCCUAAUAUCACUGCAAGAUCAUCAGUUAGAGAAAAGAGUUCGUUAGAAAUUAAACAUGUUUACUUCAUAAGUAACCGAGGUGACUAAUGGACUGACAUGUUUUCAAUUUCACUAUCUCUCAUGACAUUUACGACCAUGCAAAGAAUUAUGGGAUAUGUCAGGCCAUUAAAGGACGCAGCUUGUGCAGACUUCAUGGCCUAGAAACAGAAGGAUAGGAGAUCUUUAUUUCUUAUUGAUGCUGAUACCAUUAUGGAGACUCCUUAAUGAUCAGAGUCUUUAUUGAGUCUUUUGUCAUGACAUGCAGGGUUAAACAAAGGAAAGACACAAAUGAAAAAGGAAACAAAAAGAAAAAUCCACAAGGUAAAAUCUACAAAAAUCACAGGGAGCAACAGGGGACACAAGCAUACGCAUCAACAUACGUACAUACAAUAAACCAACAAGGACAGAGGGGAAGACCGGGACUAUAUAUAUAUACACACUGGGAAACGAGCAACAGGUGAUGCAGACGAGACACAGGUGAAACUCGUUAGUGAUUAACAAAAGAGGGAAAACCAGGGAAGUGAAACCAGACGAGAAACACAAGGAAUCAACUCCUACUAAAAAGAUAGGGAACACUGAGAACUGAUAUAAAGAAUAAGACAGAGAAAAGGAGGGAAACGGGGUCAAACACAAACUGAAAACUCACAAGACUGGACAACAGGGGAACAGGAACAAUAGGGACAAUACACAAAGAAAAUACACUCAGAUAACAAAACCAGGGAAAAACUAAACCACCAGAACAUAUCAGGACAUCUUCUCUAUUUUAUUGUUGCUCCACACAGUCGUAUUUAUACAGAUUUUUCACCUGAUAUUUUCUCUUUUUUGAACAGUACGUUCUUAUUUACUUUCGCCUAAUUCUCAUUUUUAUGACCCGACCCUGAACGCCUCACUGUGUAGUUGUGUGUCACUCUAUUAGUAAGCUACAAAGCUUUUAUCCUGCUGAUUUCAAGACUGGAUUAUAAUUUAUUAACCAACGGGACCUCCUCUAAAGUCUGGCUGACCUUACCCGGCUUAUAAAUAUUAUUAAACAUGAUUUGAAAACUUUGAGGACUUAUUUUAUUGGUAUGAUUUCUCAGUUUUGUUGUGAACUUUUAAUCUUUCUAAAACAGGUGCACAAUAAAGCGAAUUCCUCGUAUUCACACUUACAUGGAGACGUCAAAGUAAACACAUUAAAUGUUCAUGUAGGAAGAUGUAGUAACAUUAAUAACAAUGAAGAAGAUGUUGAACUUUUUGCCUCAAUUCAACAGAAACUCUUAACAUCACAGCUGCUGCUACUCUCAGAUUCAGUGUUUCAGGGUGUGUAUGAAAUGUUUCUCUGCCAAAAUACUGCUGCAGUUUGCCAAAGGUCGUGCUUGUAGGGAGAAAAAACAACCUGAAGAAAAUCAAAUAAUCAUCAGGUUGAAGUUUGUGAAACUGACACUCAAGGAAAUCCAAAUUUUUCACUUCGUUUAUUUCUCUAAAUGGCAUGUUUUUGGAUUCUAACAACUUGUCUGGAGGAAAAAUUGAACGUUUUGACAAGUCAGUUACGGCCAUUUUUCUUCACUGUUUCCACCUUUGAUUGACGGAAAUACUUGAGCAAGAAUUUGUAAGCUUGGCCGGCUCGAUGUGAAGGCAUCUUUGAGUGAAAAUAACUGCUCGGAAAAUUGCUCCAGAUGUGUAUAAAGGAAAAAUAUAACAUUUCUCAAACGCACUAAAUCAAUAUAAUAACUACGCAGAGGUUACCAGAGGACUCUAAGGUGUAGCUUAACCGCAUUGAAGCCUGAUUCCUGAUUCCUUUAUGAGUUUGUACAACAUGAGGACACAUUUUAUCGCAAUCAUUUUCAGCUUUAGCCGGAGUCAUGAUGGCCCCUUUGCUUGGACAAGAUUUCCACUUCCUCUGAAUCACCAAAUACUUGACAUUUUUAGUCUGUAAAUCAUUCAGUGAGUCAGAUUACAGAACUGUAGCAGUGUCAUGCUGUGCCUUUUGAGCUCCACAGACUCCCCUCUAUCUUUCAUUGUGUGUGUAGAUGUGUGUGUGUGUGUGUGUGUGGGUGUGUGUGUCAUCACCACACCAACAUCAGAGAAGGCCUAACUCUCCCCAGCUGCUGCACCAGCCCGAAUGAGGGGGAAAAAAAGCGCUCACUUGUGGCAUCAACCAGCUCUAGAUUUGUUCUGCUUGUUGUGGGUUGCAGCGUUCGCCCCCCCACUUAGUCGCCUUCUUGGCCCCCCUCCCCCUCUUUCAUGUCCCGCCAUCCUCCCUCCUCCCUCCUUCUCUGCUGACUUGCUCCGUCGCUGUUAAUCCAGUUUAACCACUUCCUUUCCUCCCACUCCCCCCCACUCACUCCAUCCUCUUUUCAUUCAAUCUCUCUAUUGCCGUGACUGUUUAUCAAAAAACGUGAAGCUGUGUAGGAAACACAAACGCUCCAGAGGCAACAAGCAGGGGCUUACACGUUUAAGCCAUGCACAGACGAGUAAUUAUACAGCCUACAAACAUGUACUUACAUUGUGUUUUCAAAUAAAGCAUUUUCAGCAUAUGAAUUCCUUCUUCUGCUGCAUGGAUAAUCCUAUAAAUCUCUGUUAUUGAUUUUUAAUUGCAUAUAAUCUAUAAUUAGGUAUUUUUGCAGAUCUAUCAAGCAGCAGUGUGAAUAUCUGUCCCGUUCUUGUCGCUCUCUCGUUCUCUCUCUGUGUUUCUAUCUCCCUGCUCUCAUUCUGUCGUACACCUGCUUCUCUUGUGAACUUGUCGUCUGUUCAGUCGACAAAGCUUCGGCGUCCACGUGGGAGUGCGCAUCUUUGUUUUCCUUCAAAGAGGGUACCUGCUCAGAUGAGGGUCUGGCGACGCUUGUUGUGCACGCUCUGUCGUAUGUGCGAGACAUGCCACCCUCCCUCCUCCGUCUGUCUGUGUGUCUGUCUGUGUGUCUGUUUCUGUCACUGCUUCAAAGCUCUCCCUAAAAUAGGCCUUUAAUCAUAGUUUGGUGUGUGAGCGGCGCGGCGGUUAGGAGCUAUAAGAAGAGGCCGGGCGUAUUUUUAGCAGGCAUGGAGAGGGAGAGGCUGGAGCUGCGCUGGAAGGCUGGAGGAGGCAGAUUACAGAGGCCAGGCCCCGAUCAAGACCUUCUCAGAUGGCCCUGAAGCAACAGGCGCUCCCUACUUGUCCUCUCUCUCUCUCUCUCUCCCUCUUCUCCUCCAGACCGCAUGGGAGUUCUGUUUGGUCUGGCUUGAUUUGGGCAGGGCGGGAUGGCGAGGCUGACCCCGAGAUAGUCUGCAGUGAAGUGCGCACAAAUGUUCAGACUUAGACGGCACAGGGACGAGCAGGUUUUGCACCGAGAUAAUGACUGUUCAAGCACAAAAACACUCCUCUAUGGCGGUGACAUUACUCUCCAAAGAUCUGUGAACCAUCAGGUGCAGAUUUCCGGCCUUCACAGAGCGUUAAGUCUCACUUCAUUUGAAAACUUUCGUCUAUCCUUGUGGCUCCAUUGAAGCCAAACAACUCUUAAGUUUAGUUCUUUUCUUAAUAUCACAGUUUCCCAUUAUCCUUUUCACAAACACUCUGCCUGUAUUAUACUUUGUUAUGGCGUAUCAUCCUCUUGAUGUUCUUGUCUGAAGUUGCAUUAUCGUUCAGGGACUGAGUGAAAGCUCUCCCUCAAGGACACGCCGGCGUCCAACACUCAAACACUUUGUCUGGUAAACAGCAAAUCCACAAGACGCACAAGCAGAAAACUAACAAAUCAAUGAGAGGGGUCUAAUGGGAAAUUUGUAGUUUCAGGCGGUAUGGCUUCCCGUCUUUAGUCUCAGAUGUUAAAACUUCCUGUCUUGAAUUAAAUAGAGAGCUAUUCAGUAUAGUCCUCCUCUCAGCGGGAUAAUCCCACAAUGAAAACAAUCCACAAGUGUUUAAGUGGUGGAAAGUAGCAGAGAACAGAGAAGAACUAUUGAAUGAUUGCAUUAUAGCACAUGAAAAUCUAGAUCACAAUAUAUUUAGUGCAUGGAGCCUUUCAAACAGUUUAAAUCAACAAAAACAUGCCAACAUUUAGUACUUGAAGGUGGGGUAGGCAGAAAGCAUCUUUUUUGUGGUGUAUCUACAAAAAAGUUUUUAAUAUCAGUCAAUCACUAGUAGUUAUUGAUGACAUUUGGGAAUAUCACGUUAUCACUGUGUUCUCUUAUGUCUUCAUAGUCAACAUUUCAAAACUUUUGAGCUUCAUGCUAAAUCUGACUGUAAACAAAGCCGUUCUCCACCUCCCUGACCUGACUGGUUGAGAGGCCGGCUAUGCGACUACUAAGUGCAUACACGAGCAGACCCAAGGCAAUCUUGUGGCAAUGGCGGAAAGUGGAAAGCAGCUGGAGAAUCCGGAGAAAAAGUUGUUAUGCCCACACCCCAAAGAGAAAGAUCAAAAUACCGAGGACUGAAGCCGAAAAACAGGCACUCAAGAGAGACCAGGCGAGAAAUAGGGGCCGAGUAAACAUCGGCGUAGCCUUUGAAGGAUGGAGGACCAUACAUGAGCUGUUCAAGCUGUGAUUUAAAGUCUUCUUACCUCAGAAUUGGACAUGCUUCAACCAUAGACUGCCUCCUAGCUUGGUGAAGCCACCCCGAGAACAGCACCCUCUGGUGACAGGCUGCAGUAUAGGUCAUAAAUUCCGCCUCCUCCAGCAAUCCUUAUGGAGCUGUGGACAAACUUUGGAAAUUUAUUACACAGAAUAUAAAUGUUUCCCCCCUUGGUUGCAAUGUUGACAUGUAGUUAUUGUCAGACUGGUUUGUGCUCAAGUCCUCUUUUUUUCUGUGAAGCUCCAUUUUUAAAAGUUAUGAGGGGGUUCAUGUUUUCUAUGAUUGACACUUGAUACAGCCUACGGUUGUACGGAGUUUACGUAGCUCACCGGGGGAUUACGCUGUUUGAGCUGAGCGUCAUCACAGCAACUCUCCUGCCGAAUGCGUACAAUGCUACUGCACAAGUGGAGAAAAUCUCAGAAAUACCGAGAGCAAUUUGGCGGAAGGCUGAGCCAAGUUGUCCAUAGUAUGUACAGUCCAUGUGCAGGUCUGAUCAGAUGGAUAGAAACCACCUGUAGCUCUGAGGGCGACGCUAGUUUAGUCUAAUAACUGAUAAAUCUGACUGCGUUUCAUAUCAAAUCUGGAUUUUCACAGAUUCAAUGAAAAGUUUGUCUUCGACUAAGUGUGUAAGUUAAGCCUUUUGCAGUCGAAACAAUAUAUGUAUUAAUAAAACAGCGUCCCUCUUUCAGCUAACAUCAUACACCAUCAGGAAGUUAUUGGAUCUUGGAGCCAGAGUUGUAUCCAGAGACACGUUGGUAAUUUAGUUUCAUUUUCACUGCUUGGAAAAAAGGUUGAAAUUGGUCUUAGACGUUUGGACCUGAUUUCAACCAUACUUAAAACAUUGAAAUCCCUGAAAGUGCUCACGAAGAAAAGCUGCCUCACAGAAGGAAAUUCAGUGAAAUAUGCUUUGUAAAAUGAGCAGAGGAAAUGUCAAGCAUAACCUUCAGAAAUUGUGGUUAAUGAGCCCAAAAGUGCUCGUGUUCAGCUCUGCUUUGGCUCUUUAAAAAGCACAGGCGUAUAUUUAUUAAGUAUAUAUCAGCCUGGUUUUAGGUAUGAUUCAUCCCGUGUCUACAAAAUGUGGUAAACAAAAGUUUUUCGUCUUACAUCUCAUUAUUCAAAUGUGUUUUUAUCAACAAAUAUAAUCCACCCACACCCAUACAACAUGGCUGACACUCCUGUCUUUUCUUAUUACCCUCUUUUUUUCACCAUCUUGCACCCAUCUAGAGACAAAAACACCCACACACACCAUGAGGGGGUCUUGUUGUGUCAUGAUCUCGGUUUCAAAUAGCACUGACCCCGGUUAACCCCUCAGACAUCUAUCCUUUAUUCUCUUCUGCUCCACUCCAGCUUUCUAUUUUCUACCCUUUGUUUUCAUUUCUCCUGUCAUCUGUUUGAAUCAUUUAGCUCUCCCUCGUCUCUGCCCUACGUUUUUAAUUCACAAUCCCUCAUUUAUAUUCUUCCUUUUCUUCCUCGCUCUGCCAACAGUUGUCUCUCCGAGCAUCAAAGACCUUGUAAUUUAACCCAAACUGCCUUUACACGCAGUUAAGCGCACUCGCUCGCUCUUUUAAUACGAUGGAAAAGUCCCAAAACAAUCCUCGUUUAAUGCUCGAAAUAGCUCGCAAAUGUCAUGCAUGAAGUUUAUAAAGUUAAUAUUGUGCUGAUUCAUUUGGUUGGAAGUGCAGUUAAGAGGCCAUGUGGCAAAUAUAUGCAGUUCAAAGUUAGUGACAGCAUGCCUCCCUGCUGGUUAUUACAUUUGUAGGAUUUAUUUUGUUCUGUUGAAUAAUCUAAUGUGUAAAACGACAACUCCUGCACAGUAUGUGAAAACACACACAUGUCUGAGAUUGCACAGAGACAGUCCUCAGGUGUGGGGCAGUCUUGUUUGUGUCACAGAGGAGCACUCACACACAGCAGGUGGCCUCAGGGCUGCCACAGUGUGGUGGCAGAUGGUAAAUGCAUCUGCUUCAAUCACCUCCUAAUGACAGAGCCGACCAUCGCCUCAAACGAGCCUCCCAGAGCAAAACGCUCCCCCCCUCUGUUGGUGGAGAUGUGUUCAAGUCAGUGAGCAGGUACCCUGGAGGACUGCCCAGGACUCUGAGCACAAGUGUGUGUACAGUGUGUGUGUGCAGUGUGUGUACAGCGUGUGUGUGUGUGUGUGUUUGGAAAAAUGCAAUGUGUCUUUUAGCUUACGCAUAAACUUCGUGUGAGCUCGUGUUCAGAUGUGCACUGAUUUGUGUGUGCGGCCACCACGUUCCCAGACACAAAUGUGUGUGUGCGUGCUGUGUGUGUGUUCUGUGUGUGUAUGUGUGUAGCUGGGUAAAAGUGUGUCAGCUCUGGAGUUUUUUGCCCGGCUGUGUGGAACAGAGCAGAUGUGCUCAGUCCUCCCCUGAGGAUCCCUCUCUGUCUCUUUCUCAGCCUCAGUCUCUCUCUCUCUCUCUCUCUCUGUCUUUUCUCUCCCCCCUCUUUCCCUCUCUUGCAGUCUCUCUCUCUCUUUCUCUUUCAUUUCCAUCUUAUGUCUCUCUCUCCUCCUUUUUCCCUCUUAACUCCCUCUCAUCAGGCUCCCUCAUCUGUACGUACCCUCUUAUGUUUAUACUCGGCUGCUCUUCAGAUAAUAAGCUGAUUUCAGUACUUAUCCCCCUUCCUUCCUUUGCUUACUUAUUCCCUUCUUCCCUUUAUCACUCUUCAUCCAUCCCUCUGAAGUUCUCACAUGUCCUCUCUCUUUAGAUUGUUUCCGCCUUACUGUAGCAUGAUUAACCCGACUUUGUUGUCAGUUAUGUUUGAUGCAUGUUUACACCCAUUCACACAUAUGGAAGCAGAGUAGCUGCGAGGCUUUAGAUGGAGAACGAGGAUGGUUAAUUAAAGAAAGAGGGUUAAUUAUUGCCUGAAUGCCUGUCACUGAGGUAUAUUUUGUUGUAUGGCUCUCCCUGCCCUUCCCCAUGUAAUCCACAAGUUAAUCGGACUAAGCUCAUAAUUCACUUUUUUCGCCGAAUCGGACUUCUCUCCUUGUCCGCGUUUACGUGCAGCUGAGAAAAUCAAAUUAUUGACGUGAAUGUGUCGUCCUCCCCGCAACUAGGGGGCGAUAUGGGUCUUAUACAACUGUCAACAACAACAGCAGGUCCGUGUCAAAUGUCAGAAGUGUCUACAACUGCUGCUGGGCAUUUUAGAGCAAGAAGAUGGAGCAUCGUACAGCGUUGUUUUUGUCAUACAUGUUAUACGCGCUACUUUAUCUGCAGAUGAGAUGCACACUACUCCUCUUCUCUGGUGUUUUUGUUCCGGGGUUACAGGGGUGUGGCGCACAUGCAUUGUCCAAUCAUACUACGACUACGCUGGUUACAUGGUAGAGAAAAUUGAAUUCUAAUGGCAUUAUCUGGGUGUCUUAAUCUUCGGUAGUCAGACUAAGGUGUUUACAUGGCCUUCAGUUGUCCAGUCUUAAUUGGAAUAAGGCAAUAAUUUGGUUUUUCGAGUGUCAUGUAAAUGUACUGAGUGAAAUACGACGCUGGUAAAGUUGGCUUUAAAAGGCAGAACUUUUUGUUUGUCUUUUGUGACGACGUCCACUUUUGGAAAUGUUUGGUCCUCUUUAACUUUUCGGUAUUAUAGAAGAAAUAUUCCCAUUUAAAUGAUGUCAGCUUUAACACUUAUUGCACAAGUCCUGAGUGAAGGCUCGGGCCACAGGGGGCUGUUAUUUAGUUUGUAGAUUUGUGAGGAAUUGGAAAAACAUUUGAAAGUUUUAUUUUGAUGGGAGGCCCUUUUCAAACCGUCAUGGGGUGCUUUUGGCUACAGGCAGCAAAAUAACGAUGCCAAAGAUUCAUGAUUUUUCCUCACACUCACGGCCUCUCCUUUGGUACAAAACCAUCAGAUCAUUGAUGUUUUGCACUCAGCUGAAACUUUUUUCUUUUUUUUGAAUUAAUGUGUAAAAUUACAUGGUGUCAUUUUUUCAUUUUGAGCUAUUAGAAGCAAAGGAAGGAAAGAUUUAGCCCUCCGGCAGAAGUGCUGAAGUCCAGACAGUGGGCACUUGCAGGAACUGCACCAUCGACAGGAUUCAAUUGGAUAAUCAUUAAUUUAUGAUGUUGAUGCUGAACUUUUUGCUGCUGUAAGUUUGGGGAAGCUUAAGGGGGAUUCACUACAGCUCCUGGGCAUGACGAAUCCCCAUAGAAAACAGAGGAAUGGAGAGAGAUGGGUGGGUGGAGGAGUGCAGAAUGUAAGGACGAAAGAGAGGAAGAAGAGAUGGACAGGUCUGCAUUUGUGAGAAUGAUGGGAGAGGUGCGGUUUAGAUGCAGUCCUGCUUCAGAUAUCAGUGUCCUUAUGUGACAUCUCACACCACAGAAGCACAUUUACAAAGUGAUGCAUGCUCAACUAGAUCCAGUCUUGCCCCCGUAAUGUCACGACAGCAAUGUCUAACAGGCGUUAUAAUCACUGUUGUCUUAGAGCAGCUGAGUGACUCCUACAAUUAGCCAACAACUGACUGUUAAUACAAGCACAAUGAUGCCUCAGUUGACUUGCAGGGAGCAACAAGGAUGAAAGUAUGAUACUAUUAUUAAACUAUAUGUUUAAAAAAUACUUUUCUACAGUAGUUUGCCUUUAAAUUUAGGUUUGACACGACAGCUGUCAAUACUGUACUGAAGUAUAAGAGGCAUACAGUCAAGUUUAAGCCAAACAAAGAAAGAGGACCAAAAGUAAAGGCUCCAGAAAUGAUACUCAAUAAAGAUCGGACCAAACUUAACUUAACAAAGUCCAAAACUCGAGAUCACAGAGAGGAGAAGACGCAAUGAACCGAAAAAAGACAGAAGGGAAGCUGAGUAAUUAAAUCCACAAAAGGGUAAUUAAACACAGCUGUGAUACAAGACACAGGUGAAACUAAUCAGGGCGGGGCGCAAUCACAGGAGCGGGGGAACACGGGAGGUAAGACUAGACUCCGCACAUGAGGGAAAUACAGCAGGAAACAAUCAGCUAACCAGCUAACGAAACAUUCAUACAAGUUAAACGAUGAUAUCGGUGGUCCCAAUAUAGCGGUAUUGACGAUAAUCUUCGACAAAUAAGCGUACAGUAAUACCAUGAGCUCAUAGUUGUGGUUCUUAUGUCUUUGAAAGGAUGAUAGACGAGAAAGAAGAAGUAGCAGCAGCUGUAAGCGAGUGAGCUAGCUGUAGCAGCCCUCUGAGAGAAGAUUAAGCUCUUCUUAAUCUCAAGAGUUACUGUAACCUCCCUUAGAGCUUGUUCUUUCUGUGGUUGUGAAUCAAUUAAACAUUUAUUCUCUCUGUAAUUGUUCUUUUAAUUGUUUUCAUCCAGUUCUGUAACUAACAGUCUACCAGAUGUAUACUAGUUUCAGGGCUAAUGUGAGGAUAAAUCAUAAAUUUGAGCAUUAUUAGAAAUGGAUUAUGAAAUAUAAGGUAAUUGCAUAUAUUAGUAGAGUUUUUCCCUCAUUUUUUGUCUUUUUGUGAAUCCACAGAGCAGGUAACCCCAGUUUUACUUCAGGACUUCUCUUUUCUUUCCAAAGUUCAGCCUGUUCUCAUGAUUUAUGCACCAGUUUGUUGCAAAACGCUCAUGUUGUUGACCAGUUUGACUUCACUGAAAACAACUCAGUCUUAUUCUUGAUUUCAUUCACGACACAGCUCCAAAGAGAGAUCAUGUUUCAUUCAAAACUGCAAAAACAAAAUCUGUGAAGAUCCAAAGCUGACCUUCUUUCUUGUGACAUCAAGGACUUCUUAAUAUUUAAACACUCACACCGUCAAGGUUUUGGCAUAAAACUCACUUUACUUUACUUUCUUUCAUCCCUCACACACUCACAGCUCCUGUAUCAGAGCCGCCUCCUCCAUGUAGGCUAUGUAAGUCUAUUCAGCCCCAAGUAGGGCACAGCCAGCGUCACAUGAGCACUUAGUCUCGCCAUAAAUCACACCACUUCCUGCUGUUGCCUCCCUAGAUUUCAGUUGCUAUUUUCAGUCUGGAAAAAAAAUAAGGGAAAGAAGUGAAAAUAUUCAUGUUGUAGCAAACAGAAAGAGAAACAUUCAAUUUAUGAGCUCGCGUUUCGUGCAGACGGCUGUCGUCGCUUUGCGUUUUGCACACAUUCUAUCAGCGUGGAUGAAGGCAGAGCGGGGCGGAGGAGAGGGAGAACAAGGUGACACUACAAGCAACACGAGUGUGGAUAAUGAAAACUAAACACCAUCCUUUCUCUCUUUCCUCCCGCCUCUGUCUUGCUUUCUCAUCUGCUCUGCACCACUAGUUUGUCUGUAUGCUAGUCAGGGGAUUUGAACAGUGUGUGUGUUCAGUGUGUGUGUGUGAGAACAACAGAACAGGGGGUGCAUCUUUUUGAAAUUUUGAUGAAAAAAAAAAAAAAGUCAGCUGUGGUUUUUCAACACUCCCUGCAGAUGGGACCGCGGAGAGAACAUUUUGUGAUUUUGUCAUAAUCUUUUCGAGAUUGUUUGUGUCGGUGCAUGAGCAGGAAAAUGAGAAACAAGCUAAAAAUAUGAGCAAUCCUCCGAUGAAUUCAUAAGUCCUGAGAUAAAUCACUCAAAUCCACCUAUGUGAAGCUAAAGAACCACUCAGAGGGCUUCCAGGGAGGCUCAUAUAUCUGUUUAUAGUCUGCCUAAUCAGGGUAAAGGCCUCAUUUAGGGCUCGUAUUAAAAUGCAAUCUGCAUCUGAAUGUGCACCCCAGAUAAUGAACAAUCUCCUCACCUCGGCAGAUUUACUCCCAUUAUUAGGAUGCACUUACAAGCAAUCUUCAGCUCAGUCUGCAUUCUGUCCACGUUGUCGCUCAGAUCCCACUUUCAAUUUGCAAUAAUGCAACUUAGUCCAACUCUAAAUCCCUGUUUUGUCGCAUGCAGAUGCUCCGUCUGGACAGAUUAAGCUGCUCUUUCUUAAUACUGCAGUGCUGAUUGGAUGAGUCCUUUAACAAUAUUUGGACUAAGAGCUGUGUUGAACUGAAGCAGAACACAAUUUAGGUUGUUUUCCAAAACAAGCCCAGCCAUUUUCUCAAUUUGAUAAUGACCGGUCUUAAUGGAUUUUUUAUUGAACAAGUGUCUGAAUACAAACGUCCUGGCAUCGGGCUCAAUAACGGACUCGCAUUAAAGCACGGGCUGAUUGAAGCUGUACCAGAUUACUUUUUAUAGACAGAAAAAUAAAUGGGAUUGUGCAGGUUGUGCUGAGUUGCAAACAUCGCUAUCAGUUCUGGAUAAUGUUUGCAUCAUCUGUAUUCAUUGAUAUACUAUUACUUUAAAAGCUCUCGGCGCCGCUUUCAACCCGCUGUCAGAGCUCCGUACCGUACACUCCCCUUGCAUUCUUCAUCAAAACAAGCGCUGGAAGGCCAAGAGCAUCAUUGCCUCUUGUUUAUUUGCACGGCUUUUUCCAAACAGACCACCACCUUAUCUCGUUUCUGACGUGCAGAUCUGGAACUUAUCAGACUUGCCCUGAGACCGGCCUCGGCUCCAGGUUCUUAAGAGUAAAUAGAGAGCUUGGGAAGCUUUCACUGCAGGAAGAGUUUUAAACAGAUCUGCAAAACAGAUACCGAGAGUGGUUUGAACAAACUCAUUAGGCGCUGAUGAGUUUUGUGAAAGCUCGGAGUUGGAAAAACUUUCUUCUCCUAACUUCAGCUUUAUGUUGGGUGAAUAUUUUCUCGCCAUUAUUGGCUCUUUUAAUGUGACGUUUUAUCUCUGAAUAGAGUAAUCUUGUUUCUAAGUGUGUGUGUGUGUGCGUGUGUGUGUUUUGAAUGCACGGUGGUACAUCAACAACAGCCUGAAUGUUCUCAAACUCAAUCUUGUAACCAAUUUAAUAGAAUAAGAGGACUGUUCGAUUCAGUUUCAGUGUCUUUGUUAGAAGAAAUGUUUUAUAAAAGCAAUUUUACCAAAGCGCGGUUUGAUGAAUAAAUGGGCAUCACAAGAAAACAGUAACUAUCUGCAGCUUGAGAGGUAUUGUGAAAAGUGUUAAAAUCAGAGUGAGCGAGGUUUAUCACCAAACUGUUUUACUCAAAGAAGAAGCUUGUGUAGAGAAAACGAAAGCAAAAGAAUCAGAAAAAAGUGCUAAACAACAAUCCUCAAGUGUUAAGUAACUUUGAAUAAGAUGGAAACUAUAAAAGUUAAAAACAUUAUAGAAAAAAUAUUAGUUUUUAGGCUACAGCUGACUUUUAGGUACAAAAAUAUUGAGCUAAAGGAAUCAUAGUUUUAUAUCCGUAUUUAACAGGAACCGGCAAAAUUGAUAAAAUACAGAAAAAAACCCAUCAUCCUAAGAAAUAGCUAGCCUAACUAUAACCAUUUUUCCACUUGGUUGCAAGUAUGUUCAGUUCUGCUGUAAAAAUAGUCAUUUCGAAUCAGGUGCUAUGUGGAUUCCUUUGCUUUUGAGCCUCCCCCAUGUGGACACUCAAGGAACUGCAACAUCCACGUUGGCUUUUUAUUACAAUACUGGAGUUUGCUGCGUAGACUAGCCACCGAAAGAUUCAACAGACACCACAGACAUGGAUUUUACUCCUUUGAAAAAGACCAGACAGAUUUGAUUUAGCGGCUGAAUAUAGGAUAACUGUAGAGAAAAUUUUUUAGAAGUAAAAAGAAGAUGAAAAAUGGGCUAACUCCCAACAGGAUAUGAUUGUAUAAUCUGAAAGUUAAGUCAGAAAAUACGCCAUUAUAAGCAAAGCAAAAAUAAGGAUAAGCUGUACCUUGCACACAGCAUAAAUUGGAUGAUGCUAAGCCAUAGUAGUGGGAGUAUGUGAGGCCAUGUGGUGUGGAUAAGCUCAGGCACAAACUAAUUUAAAAAAAGGGGGCUGUGUGAAAUGUUCUUCUGGGGGUUUUAGCCUGUCAUCCGUCAACAGAUCAUCUCAAAUUAAGAUGAUUCAUUUUGCAGCUAUGUAUUAUCUGUUAUAUAAAAGCGAAUCUCUCUGUGUGUGUCUCUCUCUCUCUGCAGAUGUGUUGGACAGCAUGGCGAGGUUCAGCGUUCAGGGAGUUUGCAACUACAGCAUGCUGACUCUGUCCGAUCACGAAAGAGUUCUGUAUGUCGGCGCACGGGAAGCGCUGUUCGCUCUGGACCCCAACGACAUCAGCAAGCAGCUGAGGCCACAGGUAACACACACGCAGAAGCACACACACACACACGCUCACACACUUUAAAGGUCGUACUUACUGACACUUCGGGGGAUUAAACAUUUUAAAAGUUAAACACAGACAGAGAAGGAUUUCAAGAAAAAUAAUUAUGCCUACAUCACCGCCUGACUAACUGUCAGUGCAAACACCCACACACUGUGAGAGGCUUUUGUAGAAAUGCAAGAAAUUAAAUGAUAACACAUAAGAUUUAAUAUCACACAGCGUCAUGAUGGACAGCUCAGGAACAAAAAGCUUCAUCUUAUCCACGCUGCCUGAAUACUGAGCGCCGUGGAGAUAAACACACAUUUCAAAUACUUAAUUUAAAGACACCAAAUUCAAUUAUGAUAUUAAAUGUGAUAUAAUUAUUAUGAAAAAAGCAUAAAGUAUUUCAGAGGUUCCGCUUGGAUUAGCAGGAAAGAAAAGAAAAAUAAAGCGUAAUCUCUGCCUCUGCCUCUUUCUCUGCCGCCUAUUAACUUGAAGGCUGACCUUAUUCUUCUUUCUUAAACUCAUUUAAGGACUGAAGGACAUUUAAGAAACCACACACACGAAAAAAAGAAAAAAAAAACCCUGGCAGAUAAUCAAAGAGCCAAAUAAUACCAUAAUGAAGUCCACUGAGUCAUAGUAGCUAUUUGGUAUUUUAUUGGUCUGGCCUGUAAUUCCUUUAUUAAAUCUUCAGGCCUUGUUGAAGCCAUAAUGUACGAAGUGUCACACAAUUUAAUAUCUUCUCAAAAUGGAUUAAAGUGUCGUCCUUGAAGGGUCAAAAAUAUAACAAAGAAGAUAAAUUGUUGCUGUUAGCUUGGAAAAGAAAAUCUGCAGAAAACAGAUUUGCUUUUGGUUUGACUCACAUCGAGGUUUUUAGAUUACAAAUGAAAUUAGAGACUCGAGAGAAAGCUUAAGUUGCUAAAACCAUCUAAUGAACACUGAGGGCUAAUGAAGCUCACAAAAGCCUUUACCAUAUUUAUAAAUUCCAAACACACUGUAACUCUACGAUAGCACGAAAAACUGAGUCCUGCAAUCACUACAACUGUGCUUAUACACUGCGCUCCAAAAGGCCUAAUAUUGGAGUCCCAGUGGAUAAUUCCACAUUUUAUUAUGGUGUUUUAGGGGUGUUUUAGGGGCCCUACACACACACACGUGGCUGUUUCGCCCUACUUGCUCCAACACAACAUUCUGCCACUCACCCGGGAUUUCCACAGAUUUCCACCGCAUCUGGAACGGCAGUGAUUUUCGCUGUAUGCCAAUUCCUACUUGUUCGUCUCCGGCCGUUUGCAUGGUGUGAAAUACGAUCUGCCUAAAACACAGGUGUUUUACUUUGAAAAGAAGCCGGAUGUUUUAUUUUGUGUCUGUGCUCAACUUCCUUUCCAGUAUGGGUUAAUCUGUGCUGAAUUUAUCCGGCAUGCUCUGGCGUCCAGAAAAAAAAACAGAACUCUUGCGAUCAGCUGGGGAGUUCGACAAUCUGCAGCGGAACGGAAAGAAGUCGGUGAAAAUUGACACAUUAACUUGAAUGGUUACGAUCAGCUACGAUCAACAGAUACGGCCUUUUCAUAGCCGUUCAGGAUGUGGUGGGAAUUGGGGGUCAGUACGUUCCAUGCACAGUUAAGUCAAGCUGCAGCAAUCGCUCGAUUAGGCGACUACUGUCCUUUUCCAAGUUUACAUGCUCUAGGUAAAAAUCUAAUUAUUGACGAAAACAUGUCUGCCUCUGCUGUGGUAGGUUGUGAAUCCGUCUUUCAGCUUAUUAAUAUCAGGUUGAUCGAAACAUUUUAGCAAGAGGCUAACAGGACAUCUCUCUAACAACUCUGAGCUGUUUGUUGGGAAUGUUUGAUCUGUUUUUAUGUCUUUUCUCCAUCUGCAGAAGUUUUAUUUACUAUCUAUGCACCCAUGCUGUUUAACCAUCGGCUCAGAGCCCGUUGUAUGAACUCUUGGGCCAAGUUCAGAUUCCAAUAUGAAGUUUUAUUACAUUAAAUGUUUAUAUAAUUGUUUGAAAUAACCAUUUUUUAUCAAUUGGUGCAUUUGUUUCUUGUUUUGUUCUGAUUUAUUGAAGUAACAGCUCUCCGCUCAAGUCAAGCAGUAAGGCAACUUUCCCCCCAUUUUGGACCCAGAUCAAAUGUUUUCUCGCGAAUUGCAAAGUUAUAACUUCACUUGGACACUUUUAAUGUCAUCUGGUACUAAAUGCUUCCAACAGUAAAAGUGUUAGUAAGCUGCCAACAUUAAGAUCGUAAAGUGUCUGCCUAUUGGCUCAAUAUUUCACUCCUAUCAGCACAAACACAUCCACUGUGAAUGUGUGGGAGUACACAGGCGAUUACACACACAUACACGCACUUGCGCUUACACUUUGGCCGUGUUUUCCUGAGUUUAUGAUGCACUUAUUUAAUCGACUUUUUUAUUGUCCCAGUUUUAAUUUGUAUAACUUGUUUUUCUGCGAUCGCUCCGGGAUAAACCUGUUUGUUAGAGGAGCUCUAUAAAUACCUUUGACUUGACCUGAAACACACACACUCACACAUACAUCGACGCUUAAAACCUCCGAGACUCAGUCUGCUUUUGCUUCUCUUCUUCAAUAAUUGGUCCAUAUUGCAAUCAAUACAAUUACAGCAGCGCAAUGGAGGUGUAGUGAGCAGCCCGCGGCGGUUUGGGGGAUUGUUAUCUGAUUUACCGCCUUAAUGAGCAGUUAUUAGACGCUCGCACGUACACACACCGCGCACACACACACCACGCAGACCCGAGCUGUUUGAGCGAGGGUUAUGAGUCUUACAGUAAUGAUAAGACCACCUGUUGUCGGCCCCUAGUGUGCAAUGUGGAAGGAAGAAGCCAGCAUAAAAAAAUGACAGCACGAGGGCGAGGGAAUAGUGCGUCCCCUCUGUCACCAUCUGCCCAUCACUCCCUCACCCCUCCUCCCCUCUUCCUUCCUCUCGCAGCACCUCUCUUUAUUUCCUUGCUGCUGUCAUACUUGCUGUCUCUCUUCAUUACUUUCAUGUCUCUCUUUCAGCACAGAUUAUUUUUUUCUGGGGUUAUUUUUCUCUAAGCUCUGACUUUUUUUUUUUUUUUUUUUUUUAAGGCGCACAGCUCCUAUUCCUGUCUGAAGUGCUCCCUUUUACAUUAUUUAGAUCUGCUCCUUCCACCAAACUGCAGUGAUGCAACACAGGCUGUAUAUACAACCCUGAUGCGCUCUUCGUCCUGCUUUUACGGAGUACAACAUCUAGAAACGGUUCAUAUUUGGUCCAAACAGCCAUAUUUUGGGAGGCCUUUGCACGCUCCUUAUUACACCUUUAAAUCCAGUGUUCAAUUAAAGGCCUUUUUAAACUCAUUUGCUAAUGGCCCAAAGCUCUGAAUGUAUUAUUAGCAUGCAUGAGGGAACACAGAAGCACUGGCUUUUAAAAAAUGCUGCAGCCAAGUGGCCGUGUAAUGGCACUAAGAGGGUGCUUCCCAAAAGAAAAGUUCUCUCUCUUUAUUUCCAAGUAUUGAGACCUUUUCACUGAUUAACACACUCAUUAACCAGAAUUACUUCCUGCGAUCCGUCUCGCACAAAGUUUCCUACUUGUAUCCUAAUACACUCAUAGUAACAGAGAUAAGUAUUCGUCUUAAGAGCCGCGUCCUAUUGUUGGUGCGGUGCACUAAUGUGUGGCAGAGGUCAUUAAUUUUGCAGAUACGCCUUUGCGGGCCAUUAGUCCGUAACUUUAAGAGCUACUACCUUUCCACUUACUGCUGCCUGAUUUGUGUUUGUAAAAUACCGGAUCAUUGUGGAGCAAAUGAGGAGGGAACGUCUCCGGCGAGAUCAUAAAAACAGACAGUGAGGAAAGAGAAUUCCUCAGGAACGCAUAAAUGGCAGGUGUGCUUUGCCACGUUUUAUAUCUCUCUUAAAAGCAGUGCGCUAUGGUUAGAAUCAAAGUUUAAGGUCAUACUUCACAGCCGCUGAUCCAGAUGAUUGAUUCGCUUUAAAAAGCCGUCAUAAUUUUAGGUCCGUAAUCGCUACAGUGACCGUGUUACGAGGCUUAAAGGAGCCACAAAGUAAGGUAGAAGAAGGGAGCUGUGGUGAAUAAAAUGAGACAUUACUGCAAGAAUAAAGAUUUUACAAAGUUAGGGGCAAAAAAAAAGAUGUUUCAGGUUCGUGUCUCUGCAGUGGAAGUCACUGCAUGAGCAUCCAAGAGCUGUCUUUGCUCAAAUACAGGUUGAAACUCUACCUUAUUGAGAGGGAACUGUAGAGAAACAUGAUCCAGAACCGCCAGAUGCUUCUCCAGGCCAGAUGCUUCUCCAGGCCCAAGCCCAUAAUGGGCUUGGGCCUGGAGAAGCAUCUGGCUGGUUCUGGAUCAUAUUUCUUUGCCUAAGCUCAUUUGCAAUGGACACCAGCACACCGUCCCCACCAUCAAAACUUUUCUGUGCAAUACAAAUUUUUCAGUUGUUAAAAAAGUCUUACUUUUAAACCACUGUUAGUCCACCAGUACGGUUUGUGGCGUUUGAUUGCUGUUGGUUUGAAUCCAGUCAGGUAUAUCGGAGUCUAAUACUGAAUUUGCAGCAGCUAUCCGCCUGUAAUGACCAGUGUAAUUAUUUCUAAUGGUGUGGAAACCUCUUGGUAAACACAGUUCAUAUUUCGAACCUCAGUCCACGGAGCAGAGUUCAGCCAUGUGUCACGCAGUCGUUAAAAAAGCAGCCACUGAAAUAAUACUAAAUAGCAGAGGGCAUGAGUUGGAGCAAGCACGGACAUAAAGUGAAGAUGAGCAUGCACAUUUCUUUUUUAUUGGCUCCCCCACCUGCUUGUUUCAGCAGAAAUGAACCCCGCAGAGGACAAAAGCCAGUCACACAAGUGCAUUAUGGUACACUUGCUUGCCAGUGUGUCUUUGAUGCUUUAAACAAUGGUACAACCAUGAGGGAAUUCAGUUUGCAGGAAAGACCGCACAGUGAGUGCCCACUACUAAAGGAGUGUUUGAUAGGACCGACUGGAAAUCACUCCUGCAAAGGAAGCAGGUCUCCGCUCUGGUGCUUUGUCGCUGCACCAUCUGGGCCGCUCAGUUCGUGAAGUGUUUUAACCGUGCUUUUUAGUGGGAUACAAACUCGAAAACUCAGAGUAAGCUUAAAUAAUUGUGUUCUCCUUUUUUCCUGAACAAGAUUCAUUUUCAUUUUUUCAUGUAACAAACAGCAGCACCUGCACACAUAAGGGUCCACGAUGUUCCUGCCAAAUAAACCUUAAAAGUCAAACUCCUUUGUGAUUCUGUGGUUGUUGCUAUAGUUACAGCAACUAAUGGUCAAGAUGGCAGUCUGUAAGUUCAGAUGAAUGAUGAGUGUGAUUAUGUUAAAGGGAUAUUCCGGCGUAUAAUUAAUUUGGGUCAAACACACUGUUACACCAAGUUAGACACCCCCUCCAGAGAUGAAUGUUGCCAACUGCUUGCUUCUCUAGUUAUACCAACUUUAGAAACAACUGAACGAUAAAAAUACACAGCGGUCUGAGGAGCCAUCAACUAACCUCAACCAAAACGCCACUCUAUCACCACAAAUAUUGCUCAGAACAGCACCUAACUUCAUCAACAGUACAUAUAGGGUCCUAGCCACAGCACUUGGCACCAAACAUCUUUUUAGCUUUGACUAAUUUCUUUAGCAAAGAAACUAAACACAACUCACCUACUCUAUUCCAGCAGCCGCUUGUUUGUAGCGAGACCUCAGGCCAGUCCCUUACGGACUACAGCGGGGUGACGCAGCUCAAGGAAGAACAUUUAUGAUCAUUACUUUAUCAUUUCCUUUAAGUAAUAAUCAUCAUAUUAAUCAUUUUGUACUGCAGACGCGGUAGUUCUUCUGCCUUAGCGUCUCGAUCUGAUUGCAUUUACAUGAAGAAAGGAUCAUAAAUGUUCUUCCUUGAGCUGCAUCACCCCCCUGUAAUUCGUAAUGGACUGGCCCGAGGUCUCACUACAAACAAGCUGCUUCAGGAAGAGAGUAGGUGAGUUGUGUUUAGUCUCUUUGCUCAAGAAAUUAGGGAAAGCUAAAUAGAUGUUUGGUGGCUGGUACUGUGGCUGUGACCCUAUAUGUCCUGUUGAUGAAGUUAGGUGCUGUUCUGAGCAUCAUUUGUGGCUAUAGAGUGGCGUUUUGGUUGAGGUUUGUUUAUGGCUCAUCAGACCACUAUGUAUUGCUAUUGUGCGGUCGUUACUAAAGUUGGUAAAACUAGAAAAGCAAGCGAUCAGCAACAUUCAUCUCUCAAGGUGGUGUCUAACUCAGUGUUUGACCCUAAAUUAAUUUUGCGCUGGAAUAUCCCUUUAAAAUACAUCCAUGUGGAGCAUACAUUUGCUUUAUAGUCCACCUCAAACAAAUAAAAAAGAUACUCAUGCAUUAUGUGCUGUUGACGUCACAUCUGUCCUUCUCUCCUCUGCAGAUCGACUGGCCCGCCCCGCAGGAUAAGAAGAGGGAGUGUGUUGCUAAGGGGAAGAACAACCAGGUAACGCUGAUUUGAGCUGACAGAGGGUCAGGGAUGUUAGGGGUACCUGCCUGGUUUCAGGGCACUCACAGUACUAGUUCUUCAGACUGUAGCGUAUAAGAGCAGCAUAACUCACUUCACUUUGUCGAGCCGGUCCACGGUUGCACACUGGAAAAAUUCCAGUCAUUACAUUAGCACACAGUGAAGUGCAUCUCCCAGACAAGGUUAGCAUCAGCAGCUUUUAAGGUGGUUCAAUUCUGGAAAUGGUAAAAAAGUAUACUGGGCAAAGCUUUACGACGGGGAGGAUUAGAUUUCUGAUGAAGAUCAUGAUGCCAAGGCUUAAUCUCUUUACAAAAUACAAUAAAUUAAAUGAAUAAAAUAGAGUAAAAUAUAUACUACCUAGGAAAUAUUAGGGCAUGUGUCCACUGACAGCGUUUUUCGUGCCAGCUGAGUCCAUGACCUCAUUUUCAAAGCGCUUCCUGGCAGCACUUACCGAUUGAAGGCUAUGAAAGUACUCCUGCAUUACUUCCACACCCCUUACUAAUGAUAGUUAAGUCGAUAUAAAAUGCUCUGUAUGCUCCAUAUUUGAUUUUAAGAAUAAGUUUAACUUUAUUUGUCGCUGAAAGGAAAUUCAAUUGUGUGUAGUCUCAUUUGUCAUGUCUCAAAAAGUUGAUUUCAUUGAAUGAAAUUUUAAGAAAACUUAUAAACAAUUGGUGGAAUUAGUGUCAUUGAAUCAGACGCAGAUUUUCUUUAAAAAUACCCCAUGUGGAAACAGGCCCUUAUUCGGCAAAGCUUUCAAUAAGAUAGUCAAGCAUCAUAAACUUUCUACAGCAGCUGUCUAGACAUAAUAAAAAUAUACUGCAAAGUUUAACUCAGCUUGGUUAAUUUAUUAUUUUAUAUCCAUGUGAGAAGGACUGGAGGGGACUGAGGUGAUCGAAUUAAAGAAGUUUGUGAAAAAAAACUCUAAAAUAAGUUAAAGAAUAAUUAGAGUAGUGAUCAAUAACCGACCAAAACAGCUCAAAGUGGGCUACAUAAGUUUCUCUUAACAUUAUCAGUUUGGAUUAGUUAUUUUCAGAGUUUGUUUUUAUUAUAAAGGUUACUUUUUUUAAUCUCUUGAUUAUACCCCAUGUGGAAACAGGCCCUUAUUCGGCAAAGCUUUCAAUAAGAUAGUCAAGCAUCAUAAACUUUCUACAGCAGCUGUCUAGACAUAAUGAAAAUAUACUGCACAGUUUAACUCAGCUUGGAUAAUUAAUUAUUUUUUAUUUGUGUGAGAAGGACUGGAGGGGACUGAGGUGAUCGAAUUAAAGAAUUUUGUGAAAAAAAACUCUAAAACAAGUCAAAGAAUAAUUAGAGUAGUGAUCAAUAACCGACCAAAACAGCUCAAAGUACACAUUUUUUUUAACAUUAUCAAUACAUAUGAUCAGUUUGGAUUAGUUAAUUUCAGAGUUUGUUUUUAUCAUAAAAGUUACUUUUUAAAAUCUCUUGACAGCACUUUCAGGUUAUUUUCUUUUCAUUAAACAGAAAACUUUUAACGCCUACCUUAAAUGGCGCAGGGAACGCUAAUCUGGAGGUCGCUGGUGGCAUACAAAACAAACUACCUGCUUUUGUAUGCUAGCAUCUUAAUCUCAGGUAGAAACUUUCCCUUUAAUGAGCGCGUUUACUCUCUUCAUUGAUCUACAAGGCGGGAAACACACUCCGAGAAUCAGACUUGCAUCAGACUCUGAAAUAAAAUCAUAGAUCUCACCAUCCAACCAGUCAUACCGGACUCGAGAUUCAACAUCAGACAGAAAAAGAAAAAAAACUAAUAUCUCCAGUUCUUUCUAUCAGUGAUGCCGCAUUAGUACACACAGAUAGUUAAUUGGUCUCAGCUCAACAUGUAACUCACAGUUAGAGCUUCUCACUGGGUGCAUAAUGUGCGUUUGUAAGAAGUCCUCUUUAAUAUUUUAUAGAAACACACAGUGCUUUUGGAAAAGGGGCUAAAAAUCUUCUUAUUGAGCAACAGGGUUGUUAAAAUAAACGAGAAAUAGCCCGCUGGAGUGCAGAAACAUCUCCGAAAAAUAAGAAAUUAGCUAUACCGCGGCUGCGAAAGUACUCCCAUGUUUCUAAAAUACUUCAUACUUUUAAUACUUUCUGUUUCUGUUGUGCUCCUUACGUUCAGUAUGGAGCGUUAUGGCUUGUGUUUGAACAGAACACUUAGAGAGAUGCACUUAUUUUUCACGGCUCCUCAAAUAGCUGUGAGUGCUCAAACAUUUACGGUUAUAUAUAUAUAUAUGACAGGAGUUGACUUAAUGUGCAAGAAUAAGCACAUGUUGUUUACACUGCCUGCAGUUAGAUUUAAUGAUUAGUCUUUUUCUGUGAUGUUAGAGUCGUGGGCUUGAUAGAGGCCCGUCUGCCAGACAUAUCUCAUCCUGAUUAUCCCCUCUGAUUGCUGGAGCUGUAAAAAUGCAUUUAAAAAUAAAAUCAGUCUUUUUCUUUUUUACCAGACGUGAGAUACAGAUAUUGUUUUCGCUGCUGAAACAUCAACUGGAUGCACUGAAUUAUUCAUUCCUCAAGCAUCAUGUGUGAGCAUCUGUUUCCAAUUCCAUUCAAAGAGCUUUAUUGUUCAUCACUGCGCAGGCAUUAAAGGCCACUUCCCAUAAAACACUGCAUAUAUUACACUGUUAAUUACGCACAUAUCCUUUGAAUGGAAACAAUCUGUCGCUUUCUGGUCGAGUUGAAAGGUUAUUGAGAUAAUGUGGUCGCAUCAACAACUUAUCAAUUAAAUAGGACGCUUGUAUAACAGUGAUACACAGCCAAAUACCCUCACUCUGAUGUCAAACAGGUUUAAUAAACUGUCUUAUCAUCUUGCAUAAUCUAGCGUCGAGGUUAUGACGUUUUAGGGUGAAUGAGGGUUUUAAAAAAAGGUCCCAUUGGAGCAUUAGAGUAAAUCUGCGUUUCGGCGAAUGUUCGAGAACACUGAGAGCCUCCCUGAUGAAAAAUAAAUUGCGCAUAAUAGUGAGACAGAGCCGCAGACGAUUGGUGGGGCUCUUUUUAAGCCUGAGGUGACCUUGUUCUGUGCUGGAGUGGACUGAAGGUUAGACGGCAGUAAUCAGCAAACACUUGCAGCAGCCAGCUCUGUGAAGAAGCGCCGGUAAUACACAAUAAUGCUGGGACUAAUUGGGAUGCUUAUUUUGCAAGCAAACAACAGACUCUGAACAAAAUAUACCUGCUUAAAAAAAUCUGGUGCUAUCUCAAGGUGACUACAAACUGAAUGGGUCCGUUUUCAGGUUUCAAUGGGGAGAACUUUUUAAACAUUUAUCACAAAAUUAACAUCAUGUUGUAAAGAAGGAGACUGAAAACUAACAGAAAAGCAGUAAACUUGCUUGGAAACCAGUGAGAAAUUGGUCAUUUUCUCUUCAUCUGUGGUAAAAUCAAUCAUAUUCCCACCAAACAUGAGUGUGUUUUAGGUUGAUACUCUUAUUAGUAUCUACAAUCUGUAAAAUAUGACCUUUUUUUGUCACUUUCUGAUUAGAAAGUUAAGGUACUGAAACUUUUGUACAGAUUUUUAUCUGAUCAUCAAGCACAGAGCAGUGAAUUGAUAUCAGUUCAUCAGAGUUGUCAAACGCAGCAGUGAAAACGUGAUUACGAUAUUCAAGCUUCCCACCUUGAGAUGAACUUUCCGUUAAGAAAUAAACUCCAAAUUAAAUAGACAAGAGUAUUCUAACAAUUUCUCUCCUCUCUCUUUCAGACUGAGUGUUUCAACUACAUCCGUUUCCUCCAGAGCUACAACCACACACACCUCUACACCUGCGGCACCUUUGCCUUCCAGCCUAAAUGCACCUACGUGGUAUGUCUUUGCGUGCGUGUGUGUGAAUGUUUACCCCGACGAUGACUCAUCGCCUGGCAGGGCUGACAGGUGUUAACGUGAGAUGUCUGCUUUGUGACCUCAGGCUGAAACCUGUGUUGUGAAAAAUAAGUAUAAAAAAACCUGAAGUAUCUCCUGCUGGGUAACCUGAACAUGCGAACGCUGCUUCUUGUUGACAUAGACGUGACGCUGAUGUGACAGGACAGCGAGACGAGGGCGCCGUAAUGGACAGAGCGAGCUCGCAGCUGUGUCACGUAGGUCGUGAUGCACGCUGACCGUGAACCCUCUGUGUUGUGUGUUUGUGUGCUUGCAGAACGCGGACUUUUUCACCCUCAACACUGCGGCUCUGGAAGAUGGCAAGGGUAAAUGCCCGUAUGACCCUGCCAAGGGGCACACUGGCCUGAUAGUGGGUGAGUAAAAGUGCACGCACGUUAGCCUUAUGUGAAUGCAUGUUAACACUUAUUUACAAAUGGUAAGCAGAUAGUUUAUAAAUGUUUAAUCAUAUGUUUAAAUAGCAUAUAGACCAUUAAUAAAUUGUAAAUUUUACCAUUUUAAAAACGUAUCCCUAACUUUACAAUAACCAUCUAGGUAAUAUUCAUAGAUAGUUUAAAUACAAAUAUUAACCAUUUACAAAGUGCUAUUGACACACAUUCUAAUCUAGAUGUUUUACAACCAAUAUUUAAAACCUAUAUAAACCUUUAAUAAAUAGUCCAUUAAUAAGUAAAUAUUAAAUUAUUAAUCAUAAUUUCAUUGCUUGUUAAUGGUAAAGUAAAUAUUAACUUAAAUUAAUAAACUAUCUAUUUGCUAUUUAUAAUUUGUCUAUAUGCUGUUUUUAAAUGAUUAUUAAACAUUAAUAAACUAUUUAACAUUUAUAGAUUAUGGUUAUUGUUAAGUGUUGCCAAAUGCAUUCACAUUUUUAACAUGUUUGUUUCUUAAUUAGUGAUUUUAAAGAGUAACACUUUACAAUAACCAUAAUUUAUAAGUGGCAAAUAGAUAGUUUAUGAAUGUAAGUUAAUAGCUACUUUACCAUCAACAAGCAAUGAAAUUAUGAUUAAUAACUUUAAUUAUUAAAGGUUUAUAUAGGGUUUAAACAUUGGUUGUAAAACAUCUGAUUAAAAUGUGUGUCAGCAGCACUUUGUAAAUGGUUAAUAUUUGGUUUUUAAACCAUCUAUAAACAUUACUUAGAUGGUGAUUGUAAAGUUAGGGUUAGGUUUUUAAAAUUGUAAAAUUUACAAUUUAAUGGUCUAUAUGCUAUUUAUAAAUGAUGAUUAAACAUUAAUAAACUAUCUGCCUACCAUUUAUAAAUGGUCUAUUUACUAUUCAUAAUUUAUGUUUAUUGUAAAGUGUUACCUUUUAGAGUGUUUCAGAACAGGUACAACAGGUACAUUUUCGUUUUAUCUCAUACCAAAAGUGCAUGAUUAGUCCUGAGUUAGAAGCCCAUUGCCAUUCGUAUCAACACCAAGCACACAGUCAGCCCCUGUUGUUCCAUCUCAGCAGUCUUUAUACUGAAGAGAACAUCAGUGUGUUAUUUUACAGCUCCAGCAGAAGCAUAAAAACGUCCAUCAAAUCUCUACAAAAUGCUCCUGCAGCAUUUCCCAUCUGUUUUGUAGCCACCCGAAUGCACUGAGAGUCCAGAAGUACAAUUAAACUUUGCAUGCUGCAUUCACUUCAGCGUGCACAGCCUCGCUGAACCCAUAGGCACCCAUUCUCUGCGCUCUUUUGUGCCUCCCAGCUGAACCACUGACCUUCUCUCAUUGUGAGCUUGUAUAAUGGUGGCUGAAAAACAGACCUGGACUAAAGCUUGCAUUUUGUUUGUAUAGAUAAGGAGCUAUACUCAGCAACACUCAACAACUUCCUGGGUACAGAGCCAGUCAUACUGAGGAAUCUGGGCCAGCAGCACUACAGCAUGAAGAGUGAAUACUUGCCUGCCUGGCUCAAUGGUGAGUGAGAAAAGACGAGACAAUGGGAAGAGAGAAAGAAAUGGCGAAGUUGCCAGCUGAAAAAAAGUAAGACAGGGUGAAAAGUAAAGUGGAAGAAAAGAUUAUUGUAAACAGUUUUCUGUAACCCUGGCAUGACUUUUGCUUGAAAAAUAAGGUCAGCAUUGCUCUUGUAAUGCAGAUUAGCUUAUUAAGUAUAAUAGAGCUGCACUGGAAUAGAAAAAAAGACAACUAAUUAAAAAGUUCUGUUUUCUUACUUGACCCUGUUGGCUGGUAACAUCAGAGAAAACACAGCAAAGAAGAUUAUCUGCACUUCUGCUGAAUCCUGGUUAUCAUAGUAUGUUUAUGGGCUUUAACAUUCACAUGGGAAGGCGACAGACAUGUUUUAAAGAACUUUUUGUUCAUAACUUCUGUACUGAAAUCAGAGCUAACUAAAUCUGUAUUUGCCAAGGUUAAGAUUUGGAGUUGUCAGAUUUUCCACAACACUGUAACAGACAAAAAAUAGAGCGUACACUGUGCAGAAAAUCCUGAUUAAACCAUCGAUGUCUUAUUUCUAGUAUCCAUAAAUGUCUUCCUGGACUAAAUAUAAGCCACACCUGCCUAACAAGAUCAAAUCAAAGAUAGUAUAAGCCAAAAAAUUGAGCUGAUUGCUUGUAAUGAGUAAGAAAAUCUCCCAGUGUGGCUUUAAAUAUUUACUUGUUGAUCGUCUGAUUCAAGAAAAAUUAAAUCUUAUUUCAAGAGACUAUAGAGGUACUUCAUUUCAAGACUUUCUAUUACCUGUAAAAAGCUAUUUCAUGUCUUCAGAUAAGAUGUGUUACUGGCUGCAGCCCCGAUUAAGUCACAUGAUAAUAGACAAAAACACUCCCUUAGUGGUUGAUCAUGCCAGGAUCUUUUUAACUGAGGAACAUGCAAAAGAACAACAGAGAGAGAAAGGAGUUCCCGGAAGUGAAGCUGCAGCAAAGGAUCAUUAUCGUCUGGGGAGGAGGUGUUGAAAGGAGCGGACGGGCAGGAGAGAAAAGGAUGAAGUCACUGCGAGAAAAUGGGCGAUGAGAGAGCAGACAUUAGGAUUAGUGAUAGAAAGAUAGAGGUGGAGGAACAUACAGAUGAGGCUGAGGUUUGGACCCACAAGUCUGUUUAUUAUUCAUGCUGACACUGGGAUUUUAUUAAAAACUAGAACUAGAUGAAUGGAUCUGGUAGCCUCUCAUUAAUUUUACCAGCUUCUGGCCAGCCUUAAAAUGUUAAUUGGCCUGAUUUGAGGAGAGUUACAGUGUCCUGUGAUGACUUAAACUGCUGCUUCAGAGGCCUCAUGCUGGAAAUAACAGCCCAUCCUGGGAAAAACAUAUUAUUUUGAUUGUUAAAAAAAUAGGUUUCCUUCAAAAUUGUCGAAAUAGUAGCCUUGAGCAGCCUUACCAGAAAAAAAAACUGUUGCAUUUGCUCUCAUAUAAAACACAUCAUUCACAACCUAAUGAGGACUGGAUAUGGAGGGAGACGGAGAAAUUCAUGCAGGAUGGAGGGAAGUGAGAAACCUAAAAUGGGCUGCUAAUGGGAAGCGCUGAAGAGACAGAGAGCGAGAAAUGACUGGAGGAGAGAUGAGGCCAAGGAGAGAAAGAUGAUAGAAAAUAGAUGGAGAGGUGAGAAUGGGCGGCGGGGAAUGAGAUGGAGGUGUCAGGCUUGUGUUUGUGUGUAUGUGCUGUGAUUCAGUCCAAAGGCUCGUACAGCCCCAGACUGUCUCUUUGUGAUGUAUGUCUUUACCAUUGUGAGUAAAUACUCUCUCUGAUAAGGCUCCUCUGUAUGUGUUGUGUGCCUUUAUGUGUACAGAGCCGGACUUUGUGGGUUCAGCCUUGGUGAGGGAGAGCAGCGGCAGCAAAGAAGGAGACGACGACAAGAUCUACUUCUUCUUCAGCGAGCGAGCGCUGGAGCUGGAGUGCGACACUGAGCUCACUGUGGCUCGAGUGGCUCGCGUCUGCAAGGUAAAACCUCCAACAGGUUGUAAGGAUGCCUAGCCCAUGUUCACUUUUAAAAAUGGAAGGUCCAAGCUUUAUUGGUCGCAGAUCUGGGUUACAGCUUAUCAUGCCACAAGUGUAAUAAAGACUGGUCUGAGAUUGUUCAAGUAUAUAUAGUCGUCCACGUUUCCAAACAUUCUGCUUGCAUCUUGUUGACCUGAAGGAGAGUCCAUGUAGGGUGAUAACAAAGCACAGCAUAUUUCGGGAGCCUGGGUGAUGUUAAACAUGGGUUCAAGGUCUUGUUGAGGAUAGUUGUUGGAGGCUGACAUGACUGGCUAAAGAAAAUCACCCUAACACAGGUGAUAAUGGAAAACCCCAACAACUAAAAGUCUGGUGUUGUGGUGCAUCUGCAGAAAUGGAUUAGGUCUCACACUAUUUGAAACAAGAACUGCAUUUACAUGGGCACAAAUAAUAAUAAAUGUCCAAUCUGAAUAAAAAUGCAUCAUGUGAACAUGUCAAUCAGAAGAUUCCGAUCAAAUUCGACUCAAUUGGAAAGAAAUUGUAUUCCGAUUAUGCCGAUCGCUAUUCCGAAAUACGUCUAUGUAAACAUUUAUUCCGAUCGUGACUCUCUUACCUGACUUGAUCUUCACUCCAGUACAGGAGGUUUCAUUAUUAACACUCUGGCAUAGAACACAACCACAUCUGCUCCUUCAGUAACAUAACAAGGCGUACAUACAGCGUAAUGAUGUCACAUCAGCAACCUUUGACAGUACAGUAAAAUAAGUACGCAAGGGCGCCAUCUAGUGACGACAUUUAACAGGGGGAAAACUCCUGAGUUGGAUAAAGUGAGCCACUACAGUGUUUGUUGAUUUGUUGACAGCACAGGCGUAAAUACAACUCUUCUUCUUCUGCGGUUGUUUUAGCGAAAUCAGACAACUCUGCUCAUGUCCAAAUGCGUCUAAUAUCAUGAUCGGAUUAUUUGAUUUUGCACCCCUAUAAACCGUGGAUUCAGAUUAUCCGAUCCCUUAAAUUUUAAAUCGGAUCAAGAAAUUUUGCACAUGUAAACAAGGCUAAUAAUCAGUCUGAAAGUGAAUAUUCAGGCGCUCACAUGCACAGAUUUCCCAUCCCAAAACUAAUUUUCACAACAAAAUCAUAGUUUCUGCAUGCUUGGUCUGCACCCAGCUGUUUUCUGCUUUCUCCAGCUGUUUUGGCAGCUGCUGAACAGUUAAUGCUUAUGUGAGACAGCAGUUGGUAACAGUUUGGGGCUUAUAGACUCCAACAGGAGAUUCCCAUAUAAGGGGGUAAUCAGCAGAGUUGUUUCACAGCUAUAUAUAUAAAGUAAACUGUUGAGGCUGGUAUAUCAAACGCGAUACAGCCCUAACUUUAAAAGCUAAGUAAACAGGAUGAAGCUCUCUUUUCAGCUAGGCUUUUACCGUUUUUGUGUUUUUUUUAUGUAGAGGAUGUGAACUGCUCAAAUUGGGAGACUAACAAAAGAAGCGCCGCUCGUUUAGACAAAGACAUGCCAGAUUUCAAAGCUCAAAACAGCAUAAAUGCUUCUUUAAUCUGUUAUUUUCGGGUGUAUUUCAGGCUGUCACUACGUCAGACUUUCACCUCACAUUUAUCAAGGACUCCUGAUUAUAAUAUUUGUGUAAAGACACAAAACUUUUGGAGGUUGCUUUAUAAUCUUUACUCCUUUAAUGCCUGAAACCACAAAUUAUGGCCAGAAAAUUCAAUUUUUUUAGAGCUAAAAUGUUUAUUUUACUCACUACUAAAAAAACAAAAAAAUCAAAAUGUCCUUAAAAUUUAACAAAGAUAUAUAUUUACCUCGUUUGAUACAUCAGAGGACAUUUUUAUAAUUUAUCAGCCUGUAUGCAGGUGUUUUUUUUUUGUAAUUUGUUGAUCAUAUUGAUUUGAUAGAAGUAUUAUUAAAGUAUAUAUCAAAUAUGAUACAAAAGGCAUUAAAGGGUUACUCACAUGUUUAUUUUUAAUUAUGUUUGAAGUCGUUUUACCUGCUUCGUUUCAUGGCAACCAGCAUUAAAACUCCUACUACCUUCUACUUAAAGGCAUCAUUAGAAACAGAUGGUGACAUAUAGGUUAAUUGUGUUUAUUAUUAGGGUUUAUGAAGUUAUGUGUUGCACUGACAGAUUGUGUUGUCGUAUGUUUUCCAUACAUAUCAGGAUAAUAUCUUUAUAAUGGCCACAACAGUCCUGGUAUCAUGACGGCACUAAAUCAGACUAAUUUAGGAUAAUCUUACAUUUCUUUGCCAAGUUUGAGUCGACAGGAUCUGCUUCAAAAAUGUCUCUAUUUAUACCAGAAUGAAGCUGAAGGAAGGAGGCGGCGGUUUAAAAAUGAAAUUUUUAUCUAGUGAUUUAAUUUUGCACCAAAAUAUAGACAACUUAAUUUCAGUGGAACAACCGUUUUAAUUAAGAUGUGCUGUGUGAAGAUUUGUAAAUUGACAAGGAGUUAUUUGGUAAUUAAUGCAUCAUUUGCUUGAUAAAUUGCCUCGCUGGGAUAACUAAUUAAAAAUGAUGUACCACAGAGAUCAUGGCCUGAUGUCAGUGGUUCUUCUCGCCGCUGAAAGGAGCAUUAUCCAGCGAGACAUGUGAGAGGUGUUCCUUUUAUUUGGAUCUCAGUUACUUUCAGUUUGCGUCAAAAGAGGUUAAGAGUCGACUCACGGUUGCAUCUGCAUCUGUAGUUACGGUAACCUUUAAACCGAGCUAAACAAAGACAGAUUGUUAACAGUCUGAGGACACAUGUAUAAUUAAGUGCAAAAUAUCUGCUCAGUUUUAUGGGAAGUGCCCUUUAAUGUUGGCGCUGAGAUGAACAAUAAAGCUCUUUGAAUGAAAUUAGAGACAGAUGCUCACACAUGAUGCUUCCCAGAGCGGUGAAUAAUUUAGCCUGUCCUGCUGAUAUUGCUACUGCAACAGAAGUGAAAUGUGGAAAUCUUACUGCUGUAAUAUGAGCAUUUGCAUUUUUUAAUCCCUUUUUACAGCUUCUGCAAUUACUGAGGAUAAUAGCAAUGAGACAUAUCUGGCAGACAGGCCACUUUUGAGCCCACAGAGUACUGUAUGAAAGCACUUCUCAUCAAUCUGUAAAGUAUAAUGCAAUGUUUAUCGCUUUAUUCAGUAUUACUAUUAUUGUUAUUCUGCGUUUCAAUGGAACCCUUCAACGUUUCAGGGUCUCGAUGCUCUCUAAGAGGCUUAUGCCAACAUGACAACAGUUCAGUCAGCUCUGCUCACAUGGAACAAGUUUACCAUUAUGUUUAUACAGAGUUUGUACAGAGAUGUCAUUUCACAUCCAAGAGGUGAAUCCGGGGCUAAUGAAAUGCGAUACAAGAAGCAGAGCAACAAAAGAGGAGCGUGAACCGAGGGUUGUUAGUUUAAAGAGGGUUAUAACACCAUAGAUUAAGAGAUAAACUUCUGCUGCCUGUUUUAUCUCCAACUGCAGAACAGUAGUGUGGUCAGAAGUGUGCGUUUAAGCAUCUUUGCUGUCAUGGUGAGCGGAUCGAACCCAAGUAAGACAUUAUAAUGUGAAGCAAAAUAGUCUAUCGUCAUCAUAACUUCAAUUAUCAUGCAAAGUUUGUAAAAGUCUUAUCCUAUAAUGGUGAGUAUAGAAGCAGCAAAGGUAAAGUGACCAGACGUCCCUGAUUUAUGGUGACAGUUCCGUUUUGGAUGACCUGUCCCUGAUUUAAGCGUUUCAUGAAUGAGAAAAAAAUGUUGCAUGUAGACUAGAACAACAGUUAUUACGGUAGCCAAGUAGGUAGGAAGCGCAAGUAAGCAUGUUGUACACAGUCCUGAACAACCAUUUUUACGGGGGGCGUGCACUGCUACUAAGCAGUACGGAGUACAAAAUAAAGGGCCUGAAAUCACAUUUUGCUUAACACCCCCCACCCCGUGGAUGUCCCCGGAUUUCAUUACAGAAAUCUGGUCACCUAUAGCAUGUCAAGUCCAGGAGAGACUUGACCCUACAUGGCGUAGACCCUGAAACCACAAGGCCAACCGCCGCCCCGUCCUGCUUUAUUAACAAUCAUAUAAUGUGAAUAAAAAUGUAAAUGGAGGUUGUUUCUUCAGUCAUCUGGUCUGACAAACACCCCCUCAUUAAACAGUUACAUUAGUAAAACUGAGUCUUGUUUGAUUUGAUAGAAAGCAGCAUCAGUGUCGUUUUUAGUUUCUUUUACAGCCAGUUAAGAAACUCAUCACAGAGGCUGUAAAUUGGGACAAAAUUUAAGGUAUUAAUUCCAACUCUUGCUGCCUGUUGCUCGGAGUCAUUUCAAAUCUUAAUAUGCCAAGCAGGGGUUCACUUCAUUAAAUUCCUGAAGGGAAGCUGAGGGUCGCCUUUGGCCAUGUGAAAUACUCCUCUUGAUUAAAAACAUGUGUCCAGAAUUGGAAGUCCACAAAUAAGUCUGAUUGCUUCUUGAAAACACUUAAAGAUGUACAAACUCUCACCUCCCCAAAAAGUCCAAUCUUAGUGUACUGGUGCUGAAUUCAAGUAACACAAUUAGCAUCUAAACUUAAAGUCCCACUCACUCAAAUUCAGCACAAAAAAAUGUAAUGUUUUAUUCUCAUGCAUAAGAAGUUUGGCCAUAAUUAAAAAAAUAUCUUUUAGGCAUUUGGGCAAGGGGAGUGAUAGACCCUGUUUUUUUAUCUUUAAGACAAGUAAACUUGUGCAUCAUCAGCAAAGCAGUGAAAUGGCACAUUAUGUCCAUGGAAAACAGACCUCCUGAAGUGAUACACAGCUGAACGGUAGUUUGGUUUGACAAAAAUGAUUCCAGAGAGUGUAGUUCAAUCCGUGAUUCUUUCACCAAGUGAUUCAGGCGUCGGUACAUGUGGUCCCUCGUUCACCAGCUGCUGGCCCACAAUGCUGUUUCUCACUUAAGCUCAACUGAAGUGAGACAUGAACGAAUCACUCGAGAAAGUGAUUUGGUUCAGUACAUUCACUUAAAAGAUUCGGUUCGUUUGGAGGAAUCGUUCAUGAACAACACAACACUACCCAAAACGACAACUGAGGGCCACCAUAGAAAGAGGUGAAGAAGAACGAAAUCAAGAUUAUAACAAUAAUAGCUGACCCUCAGAUCUAUCAAUGAGUCCUCAUGUUUAUUAGUUGAUUGAUUAAUAUGACUAUAUUUUCAGACCUAAAGUUUAUCUCAUUGACAACUUAGAAAACGUGAUACAAAUAUACAUACAACAUUUCUACACCAAACAGCAUAUUCAGAGGCUAUCGGUGUUCUGUGGAUCUUGGGUCAAGCUCCAUUUUUAAUUUUAGGACUGAAUGGUGUGUAAAAGUCUGACCCUUUAAAAACAUGUGACCCUGUAUCUCAGAUCUGAUACUGAUGGUUUAUAUUAGCCGUUUAGAGCAUGGUUAGAUCAGAGACAAUGUUGGCCAGUGUGACUCAUGGAGUCUCUAGAGUGGCUGACCUUUAGUUUUGGAGCACUUUCACAUGGUGGCACAGUUCAGACUUUAAUACGGCAGCGACACACUUGUGCCAUGUGUUGUUAACCCAGAACUUCAAACAACCUCUGUGUUGUCCUUGUGCAGAUGAAUUCACUUGGGUCUUUCCGGGACACCAAAGGUUGAUCGUAUGCUGAGUUAUUUAUACAACGCUCGUCCUCUGUUCUUCCUCAGGGAGAUCUGGGUGGUACCAGGACCCUGCAAAAGAAGUGGACCACUUUCCAGAAAGCUCGCCUGGUGUGCUCCCUCCCAGAGCGCCACGUCUCCUUCAACAACCUGAGGGCCGUUUUCACGCUGCCGGGUCAGGACUGGAGGGGAACUACCUUCUACGGCAUCUUCCAUGCCCAGUGGUGAGUCAGAGCGGCCACUGAUGGAGACAUGUAGGAACUGCAGAUACAGCUUGGUGUCAAAACUGGACUCAGAUAAAUGCUGGUUAAUUACCGCGUGUGUGGUAUUAAGUCUGUCAGAUACUCUUCAUUUCAUUAAAAUCCUGGGUCAGCCAGUCACUCAGAUAUGAUAGCUCUAAUUAUGCACUCAAUGUGUUCAGGUAUCUACGGUUUAAUUGGGCCUCUAAGUGACCAUAAUGUGAGUGAUUUAAAGUGGAUAAAACUAAAGAGCACUUGAAUAUGUUUUAUUGGUUUUAUUAGUGGUUUAAUGUCACAUGAGCUUAAUGUUGUUUCCGUUAUUAGUGAACUAAUUUGCUAAACAGAGUCAAGAUGAUUAAAUUAGGCCCUUAGCUACGGACAUUAAUAAGAAGAGGACAAUUUUCCAUUAGAAGUCUCAAGCUUUAUAGAAACAUUUCAUCAUCUGCGUUAAAGUCACUGCUGGAUCACAUUAUUUAUAAUAAUCCCAUUACUUGUUACAUCUUCCAAUUUAAGUGUCAUGAGUAAACAAGCGUGCGUCUUUUCAGCAGAAAUUCAUCACACCACAUUUUCAGGCAUCAAAUGGCCUUUGUGAGACUGAUCGGGGAAAACAAACUCUGUCGAAACACUUUGUUGUCGCCACUUUGUUUUAAGCUCAGUAACACAAGCGUGGGGAAAACAAACUUUUCCCAAUGAGGUUAACAUAAAAGAAAACUAAAUAUACAGUAGAUGUGAUAUUUAAUCUACAAAUGAGUUGUUAAAAAGGUCAUGACUAUAUUACCUUUUCAGACAACUGAUUGUUUUGUAAUUAGAGGAAUUAAGAUUGGCAUUUGCGUGACUGCUGCAUCACUGUUAUAUGUUAAUGAGUUAAUUAUCAACAAAGCUGGCGAGCGGGGGCAGGAGGUUUUCUUUAGGAGGAAAGUUGGAGACCGUCUCUGUCUUUGUGAAAUGCCCUUUGAAGUGAGUCUUUUGUGCUCUUCAAUAAGAUAUCCUAUCACAAAGUGAAGCUGCUUUGAACUUCAAGCUUUGUUUCUUCAUUCAGCGUUCCUACUGUCUGUGGAAAAAAAAAAGUUUAAUCCUUUCUCUCUGUGUGACUGGCUGGGGAUUCCUCAAAGCCCCCUGGCUUUGAUAGAGAUAACAUUAAGAUAAUUGGACAUUAUGUAAAUGAUGACUGGGAGUUGGAGCCAUAAUCUGACUGAAUAGGCAAGCUUUAAACUUGCUAAGGCAUCGGUGCUGUCCUUUGGUUUUUUUAUAUUCACCUUAACACCAAGGGAACUGCUGCACAUUAACAGUGCUGAUCCAGGCGUUUUAAAACUACCUCUUCUAGCUGGUUUAAAGAGCAGUACUCUGUGAAGAGGUGUGAUCCUAAGAGUUUAAAAACACACAUCAAGUCAAAUCAACCUGAAAAUCCCAGUUUUGAGAAAUAAAACCAAUGCAGUUCCUUAAGUGUCCACUAGAGGCUGGUUUGAAAAGCACAAAAACCACAUACACACCCAUUCAUGAGCAGAGGUGCAAAUACUUACACUAAAGUGUGUCGGAGGAAUCCAAACAUUAGACUGCAGGUUGCUCUGAGCAGCUUGUUCAGAAAGUUUAGUGAAAGAAAUACCGUGCUCUGUCCUUUGGUAGUAUGGAUUUUCUUUGUGUUCCCCUCCUAAACUUUCCAGGUCAGAUUCAGAGUCCAAAACAAAUGGCCAUUUUCCAUUAUAAACCAGUUAAUUCAAUCACUGCAACUGUGUCAUGUGGCAACAGUAGACAAGGCUUCUGGAGAGCUGACAAGCUUGAAGAAAUUAGGCCUGUAGAGGACCAUUUUUAAAAACUUGUCAUUUCAAACUAGGGUGACAAUACGUCCAAUAAGAGUUUUUGUCACGUGGACUUACUGAGUUCGAAGCGCGUAAAAGACACUUGAUCCCGAAAAACUCUCAAAAUUAACUUCACGCGACCUUGUGACUCUGCCUUGCGUUGUGAUGUCUUAUUUUUGGGGAGUCAGAAUAUGGUCGCCUUACUAUAUUAACCCAAACCAGUUAAUCUAGUGAAAUGGUGGUUUUGUAGUAUGGCAACAAUAGAUGAGGCUUCUUGAGAGCUGACAAAUUGGAAUAAAUCAGGCUGUCAGGGGAGCAUUAGUCCUCCCUCUUUUAGUAAAUUUAAAGCUCUUUAUUUUGAUGAAAAUUUCACCAAAUGAUUGCAAUAUGACUGUUUAUUCAGCUCUCCGCUACUUUCUCAUCAGCUCCCCGAGAAAAACGAACUUCUCAAAUGUUUUCCUCAUGCCUCAGGGUAAAAAAAGAAGGUCAUUUGUCACUAUAUGUUCUUGCAUUAAUUUGUCAGUGACUCGGUUUGGGAACUGGACCUAAAAGAGAUGUUUUCAGACUUGUGCAUUAGCCUGGAAAUCAAAUCUAUGUGCAAGAUGAGGAGAGCGAGAGUGAUUUAAUAUCGCCGGGUCAUGCAUCAAUACCCAAUUCCAUAUCCACUUGAAGUUGAAAUUCAGUCAGAAAAAAAAAAAAAAAGUUAUAUUGCGAAACCUCGACCUUACCAUUCAAUUAAAUGGGUUUCCUCAGUCACAGCCUCAACUGAUUGAUUUUAGGAGCUUAUCAAGAAAGUGUAUUACAUGUACAUCAAUUUGUUCAUCAUUUUUGCUUCGCCGCAGAAAAAGAAAUUUGGUUCGUUUCGCCCGAUAAUGGACAGUUCAGGCUGUCACAAAUUGAAGCUUUAUGAAAGAUAUUAAAAGAUUUAAUGUUGCUUAUUUCCCAUGCCUUUUACAUACAAAAUAUUUUUAUACUCUGCUAUAUUUGAAUAUAUCCCAUCCGUUUAGUAUCUCUUGUUUUCGUUUGUCAGUGUUGCUUCACUUUUGCAGCAUCUGGAAGAUUCACAUUUGGAUGAUUCGUAAUUCGUCUGACAGUUUUCACUGCCAGACAUCCCUUAUUUCUCACCUUGCUGCCAUGUUUCAGGGGUGACGUGGACGUGUCAGCGGUGUGUCAGUACCAAAUCAAUGAUGUGAAGAAGGUAUUCGAAGGAUCCUACAAAGAGUACAAGGAGGCAUCGCAAAGGUGGGCACGUUACACCGGAGCUGUCCCCAGCCCACGGCCUGGAUCGGUAAGAAAUGCAGGGACUCUGUGCUGGUAGAUAUGUGGCUGCAAUAUGUCUAGAAAACAAAAAAGAGGGGGGUUUCAUGCACCUUGUUGUGUGCAUAACAAGAAGAAAGAGCAGAGGAGGUUUGAUGAAAGAGGGAGGGAGGGAGGGGAGUCGUGGGUUACUGUAGCGAUGAAAAAGGGCAAAAGCUGGCAUGACACAAAGCUAAAAACGUAAUGAUCCAGGACGAAAGGAAAGGGAACAGAGACAAGGAUGUGAUGGCAGGCGGAGGUGAGAGCGAGUGAAAGAAAGAGGGAGAAAAGGAGAGAAAAGGAGGGAGGUAUAGGGAGGGAAGUCAUCUCGCAGCCAACUAGCCGUGCCAACCUGUGCCAGCUGCAGCUCAGAAGUUUCUUCCUCUCUAAUUUUCUUUUUCUCACUCUUCCUUUCAUCCUCUCCGUCAUUUCUGUCCUUCCUCCAUUUCCCCUAUGUUCACUCCCUCCUAUGUCACUCCAUCCCCCCCUCUCCUCUGCAGUGUAUAACAAGCACUGACAGGGAUAGCGGCUACAACAACUCUCUGCAGCUGCCUGACGCCACCCUCAACUUUGCCAAGAAGCACCCACUCAUGGACGAUAAAGCUCUGGCUCGCCCCCUGCUGCUCACCAAGGGUGUCAACUUCACAAAGCUGGCAGUGGAUCGAGUCAACGCCUUGGACCAGCGGGCGUACAACAUGCUCUUCAUUGGCACAGGUACAGAUAACAUACCGACUUCUGUCAUCACUGCAUUUAUGAUGUUAUUGGUCAGUAAAUCUUAAAAUACUGAAGCUGGAAUCAGUCUGUAGAAUUUAUGCAGUGACUUAUUUCUAAUUUUACAUUCAAGGUUUCUGGAUAUAAAUCAGCUUUUUUUUUCACCUUGAAAUUUAAUAAAUUCAAAAACAGAAUCAGAUUUGAAUGUUUGAAUGUCAUAAACUUAUUAAAGUUAUUAACUCCAAUUUCACCUGAACUAGUUUAAAUACUUGAGAUCAAGAAGUUUGUAGCUUCCAUUUGUUGUGUCAGAUACAAAAAGUACAAGACACUUAAAAGUAGUAAAGGUUUGAAACUUUUUAUCUUUUUUAAACUUUUUAGACAAAGACCAACUUGGUGAAUUUAGUUUAAAUACAAAUAAAUAAAAAAGUGGUGGAGUAACAGUAGAUGGAUGGAUGGAUGGAUGAAUAGUUCAUUAGAUUGAUGGAUGGAUUAUGGCUCAGUGGAUGGAUGUUUGUAUGGAUGGAUGAAUGGAUUGAUGGAUGAAUGAAUGGUUGGUGAAUUAAUCGAUAGAUGGGUGGUGGGUUAAUGAAUUUUAGAUGGAUGGAUAAAUGACAGACUGGAUGGAUGGAUGAAUCAGUUAUUGAAUGGGUAAUUGAUGGAUGGAUGGAUGGAUGGAUGAAUGGAUCAACUGAUGAAUUGGUAAUUGAUAGGUGGAUGGAUGGCUGGCUGGCUGGCUGGCUUGAUGGAUGGAUAAAUGGAUUGAUGGAUGGAUGGAUAAAUGGAUAAAUGAAUCAAUUGAUGAAUGGGUAAUGGAUGGAUGGAUGGAUGGAUGGAUGGCUGGGCGGCUGGCUGGCUUGAUGGAUGGAUAAAUGGAUAGAUGGACAGAUAGAUAAAUGGAUGAAAGGUUGAUGGACUGAUAAAUUUCAUAGUUUGACAGAUAAAUUGAUAUUUUAGUGAAGGUAUAAAAGGAUGGAUGAAUAAAUAAAUGAGUGGAUGAACAGAUAAACAAUGAUUUAAUGAUAUACUAAUUAAUAUAGGGUUAAAUGCAGAUGUGUGGAUGAUAAACAAGUGUAUAAAAGUAUGAACAUUUAAAGUAAAUUUAAUUUUAAAAUAAAAGUUUCAGAGGAGAGCACCUGCCUCUCCGGUUUAUAAACUGACAUCAGUUUGCAGAGUUGGGAAACAGGUAUUUUGAGCUCAGUUAGUCACCUCACUCUUAUAAGCCUGUAUUGUGCUUGCAGGAUUGUUGUAUUGGAUUGCAUUAUACAGUAUAUGGUGUUUCUAUUAUGUAUCCUGCUGCAGUGUGGUGUUCCCUCAAUAUGGCAGUGGAAAUAUAUCCCAAGUACUCACUCUUUCAUCAUAUUCCCCCAUUGUGGGUGAGUGUGCGUUCGAGUGUGUGCGCUGAGGGUGUUGAGGGGACUCGCACGCAGGGUUUAUUGAAGAGAUGAGAGAGAACAAGCCACAGCAGCAGACAGGGACAGGUACUGGCAUUAGGCAUGGUGGCUCAAAACAACCUGCCAUCUGGCCACACUUCACCUGGGUUUCAAUUAAGGACUUGAUUUGCAUGCUGAGAUCCAUCUUCAUGCAUCAAAGGAAACGCCUACUUAUGCGAGACUUAAUUAAUAUCUCUACUCAGUAGCCAUCGGGUCCAUAUGCAGGUGUCCCGUUCUGGCGCCGAUCUCGAGUCAGCUGGUCCUUCUGGAGCUCUAAACUUGAGUAACACGGAUCUGACAGUGGAUUUCAGGGAAUGUGAAUCUGAAUGCAGCUCAGCUCAUGAAUGGAAAGAGACUGCGCUGAUUACCAUUCAGAUCACUGCAGCGGCAAAGUGACUGUGGCAACUGUGACUGUGUGUGACAACAGCGGACUCAGGGCUCCUCUGCUGGCAGGCGGUGAGGCCAGCCCUGGACACACACACACGGACACACACACACACGGACACAGAAAGACACGCAUGGGGACACGCACACGAGAACCACACUCACAAAUUGAUUUAUGCACACGCAGAGAGUUGCACAGGCUUGCACUCCCUGAGCCAAGUGCAGUCAUCCCCGCUUGUCGUGCUUCACAGCACAAACUCAACAGGGCCCUUGGCAGACGGGCGUUCGUAGUGCCAAUUGGGCUGCGGGCUUGAUUAGCUAUUAGCUGCAGCGUAGUGACAGCUGAUGUGAAAAGAGAGAGAGAGAGAGGGAGCGCUUGUUGAGAUUGUUUUUCGAAAAACCAGUCUGCAGGAUUGAGGGAUUAGUCUGCACCGGCCCCUGACGCCGCGACAGACUGGUGUGAUGAUAUGCAGGCUGCUAGCUGGACUUGUGUUUGUGUAUUUGCACAUGCAUGUACUUACUUUUCUCAAGCCUAAUGUUAGCUAGCAGGUCAGAAUUUCCCAUCGUCCAAAGCAGUCCUCUCCAUCGAAAGAACCACUGUUCCCUCCAAAGGUACAUGCACAUACACACUACCCUGUACAUAUCAAGGUCACCCCACCAGCUGUGCCUUGAAUGCCUUUCAUCACAGGGGAUCUAAACUUGUUCACAAUGCCCUACAUGAAAGGAGCGCAGGAUCUCGUCUUCUCCUCCUCCAGGAGCAGCUCCCCGCACACCGCUCAGAAAAACGUCCUCAAAUGUCUCUGAUAAUAUUGCCUUUACCAGAGGUCUUUAAAGACCAGGAACAGCUUUCAGACUCUUUUAAAGUCACCUCUAGAUUGUUUCUUUCUAAGCUGGACCCAGCUCAUGCUGAUGUAAGUUUGUGAAGGAGAGUCGGCUUUUCUGUUCGACUCAGCUGGAGGGGAGUCUGAUAUUUAGUGCGGCACUCUGAGAGGCUAACGGAAGUUAUAGGCGACUGAAUCAGACUGUAACUUUGUACAUGUUGUCACCAGUUGUUCCUCUUGUGUAGAAAACUUCCUUUUUACUCAGAAAAGGUUUGAUCAGUCCAGCAGAAAAAAAAAAGCACAGAUCAAAUUAGACACAUUAAUUAAGUCCUCUGAAUUAGGUGUUCCAGUUUCAGGGCCUCGGCUAUUUGCAGACUGGCUCUCUGACCUGACUUUACUACCGGACCAUAAAUGCACUUAAUUAACAUUAGCACUAGCUGUUUUGUUUUAUGUUAGCUUUUCCUGCCAAGUCAAAAUUGAACAUCUGACCUCAUAAAGGCCAGUGCUCUCAGUUAAUUGUUGUCCAGCAUGGCAUAUAAGGUACAAACUUUUAGUCUGGAGACACACAGCCAGUGUUAAAACAUAUACACCUAUUCUAUAAAGCUCAUCUAUUCAGCAAGAAAACUAUAUAUUUACACUCUAGUGAAAAUUUGAGUUCAUGUUUAGUUGAUGGCAGAUUUCUAAACUUCUACCUUAAUACAACAGUGGUGUCAGGAGUCGGUGCAACAGUGAGUGCAUACUGGGUAAAAGCCUUCAAACCUUACAUACACAUGAUAAGAUGGAUCACGCGCAACUUGAGCAAGAUCAGACAGACUUUUUAAGAUUUGUGAAUCUUACUGGAUUAAAUUUUUUCUGGAUUUGGAUCAUGAGGACCUUCACCAGCGUCAGACUUUCAACAGGUUUCAGCUUUUUAAGAUUUGGAGCAGAAUUAACCGUCAACUUCUUACAGAUUAACUGUAACAGAAGAAAAGGAGGAGGUUAAAGGACUUGGUAGGUCAAACAGUACGACCACUAAUGGCCAUAACUGGGCCUCGAAACCACUGGUUGAGAGAAUUAAUCUUACAUCCAUGUUUAGUUCAGUUUAUGGGAACAACUGCUGUGGAGAAACAGACUGUAAUUUUCUGUAUCCUGAAGUAAACUUUCUGAAAAGCAGCUGAACAAAUUGACUUGAAGCUUGCGUGAUCAUUUCCAGCCUGUGUUUAAUAAUUAGAUGAAUCGUUUUAGCUUCAAAGGAGCGCGUUUGAUUUAUAAUCAAUUUUGAGCAUUAAUAUUUAAAUGAUCGUCUACGCAGUCACAGGUGCGUCUUUGUGAAUGUAUGAGUAUAUCAUUAAUACCUGAGUGAAAUACGGCGCUAUAACAGGUGUUUGUUUACAGUUCAUUAAUAUUUACACUCCCUGAUAUGGAGUCACAGGUGUGUGGGUUAAUUUAAGAUUUCACAUCUUUACUAUUCAGAUGAAGCAGUGUGUAGUCACAGGUGUGUGUGUGUGUAAAUAUUUUUAAUGUCAUAUCAAUGAUAUUCAGAUGAGCUGCUCUGCUGUCAGGUGUGUGUUUGGUGGAUAUUUUGUAUCUUGAGUGGGUUGAGUCGAGUGCUGAAGCUAUCUGUUUGAAGAUUUAUGUUUUUAUGCAUGCCGUGAAAAAUUGCCCCAAGGGCACGAAGAAAGUGUAUCUCACUGAAGUGAACUUGAAAGUUUGACUUUACAGAGCAGGAGCGAGGUGAACUGAAUCCUCUUCCUUCCUCUAUUUUUCAUGUGCGCUGCAGCCGAGGGCUGGCUGCAGAGAGUGGUGAUCCUGGGCUCCGAGGCCCACGUGAUCGAGGAGAUCCAGCUAUUUGAGAACGCACAGCCAGUGGACAGCCUGACCAUCUCCCACUCCAAGGUAAGACCAGGAGGAUAGGGUGUGAGGCGCUAAACUCCAGCACUUUAAUUCAUCAAGUGAGGAAAAUAUCUGCUGUUUAUGCCAAAUGGAUAGUUCAGAUUGAUCUUAAAUUGGAAACAUUAGUGAAAAACUACAUUAAAUCAGACAUUUAGAGUUUUAAAAUGUGGUUUCUUGCCCUACAGAGAUAUUUUCUAAAAGAUGCAUGAACUACUAACCCUGAUAGAAAGUUUUUCAUCAAAAACUGUGGAUAUCUUUUCUUUAAUUCAUCAGUUUUGAUCAGCUCAGCAUGUCAGAAACUGUCAGUGUGCCAUAUUUUUUUCUGCCUGAGGAUGCCAGCCAGCAGCUGCAACAUCCCUGGUUCAAACCCAGUACAAGAGCUCGAUCGCCCAACCCUCCCUUUUUCAUUUAAUGACAUUACUUUUUCAUGGCGCUAUCUGAUAAAGGCGUAAAAUGCCCUAAAAAAUUAAUUAAAAAGCUGGCAGGCAGUGAGAGGUGCCAGACUGCGAUAAUCAUUUCAAUACAGGAAGGAAAAUCACAGCCCUGUGCUUGCCUUGCACAUGAAAAAAUGACAGAAUUAGCCAUGUCAAGAAUGAAGAAAGUAGAGCUUAGGGGGGAGAAGCUCAAUUCCCACCUAUUUGCCCAAGCUCUAUUGUCCAGUAUUCUCAGUUCCAGAAAGUUUUUGUGGAGAUCUUCAGGAGGUUGAAACCCCUGCACUAACACUUUCUGGCAAAUUAUAUUCACUCUGAUUCAAAUUAAAUCCGGUUAUGUCAUGAUAAAAGAGAAAAAUCUCAGUAUUAUGUUAAAAUGUCAGUUGCUUUAUAUCUGUCAGGAUGAAAAACAUGUAAUCAGAUCAGAUGCAGAACAAACCUACCAGGAAAAAAAAAGACAUCUAACGAAGAGAGAGUGUAACUUGUGUUGUCGUUCUUUUGUUUGUCUCUUCCACUCUGUAAAGCUGAUCAUGAGUUUUCUUGAUAUUAAGCAGGUUCAUCAGCACCCUCUACUGCAUACUGCUGCCAUAUAACAACGAUUACUUGAUCUCAAUUUUACUAAAAGACAGUCAUAUACUGUAAAAUGCAUGUUUUACAGUUUUGUUGUGAAAAGAUGGGCUUUUACUUUGAAAGACAAAUCAUUUUUGACCCACAUGCUCAGGAAAUCUAUUGAACUUCUCUUUUGCAUAAACUUGUGACACCUAGACAUUUGUGAUGUUGUUUCUGCCAUCAUAACGUAACUCUUCCAUAUUCAAAAAUAACAAAAUCUUUAUAUAUAGAAGGUGUGUGUGCACUUUAAAGUUUCAUUGCUUGAAACAGUUUAAAGACACAAGUUCAUUUGCUACCAGGUGGCAACUUGCUGCAAAUGUGAAAGCAAGUUAAGUGCACUGAAAUUGGACGUUUAGCACCAGACUACCCUUACACUUUGAUUACAUCCAUUUGACUUAUAUAUUAUAUCAUAGUCAUCAUUGUUUUAACAGAAGGAAUACCAAAGUGGUGUGUUGGUCCACCUAACUUUCUCAUGAGUAAAUCAAUGAAGUUUGACUCAGAUAUUGUCUUUGAAGAUGAUUAUAUAUUGAUGAUUUGUGAUAUAUAGUCAAAUACAGUCUAGAUACAGGAGUUCCUGACCUCUUUAUCAUGGAGAUCAGGGCUCCUAAAGUCCUCCACAGUACAAAGUGAUGCAUUACAGUCCAAAAAUACAUCAAUUUUGGUGUUCUUACAAAAUAAGGGGAGAAACAUAAUGUACUUUCAGACCGGCAGAAGUUUCCCAACCACCCAGCAAAUUUGUGCAAAUUUAAUAUUGACAGCCUCACAGCAGACAAGGCCCCACAUCCUCCUGGGCCCAGACUCUAGGUCGGGAACCAGUGGUCUAGAUAAUGCAGUAAUAAAAACUACAGGCAGUAUUUUGAACUAAUAUGUGCAAUCAUCAUCAUCUUGAUCGUAUCUCAAUGAAAUAAACUAAUCAGAUGAAAGAACAACAUUGAAUGAAAAUUAUUUAAUGAUGUGACAUGUGAUGCCUGCUGAGGACGGCUUUUGAAUCAUGAAAAUGUGAUAGAUGACUUGUUGAUAUUUAAAAAUAGAAUCAAUACUUUUGACUGUGAAUUACUGUGUGAACUUUAAGGUAAGUGAACUCAUUUUUAUCCCGUCUGAGUUAUAACUUAAACUUGUUCUCUCCUGGUCAUACCUCACAGUAGCAGAGCUAAGGUCUUCUAUUGACUUGCUCUGCUGUUGCAUCAGUGUUUCAUUGGUAUUCAGUGGCAACACUGCAAGUUUGUCUUCUGCUGAUCUGUUAAUACUCUCUCUGACAGACACAAUCAUAGAUCUAUUGAAAACAGAGAGACAAACAUCACAGAGUCAUUUGCCCAGAGCCUGUCUACAGCUGUUUUUACCAACACUGGCCUUUUUCAGAUCAAGUGUCGCCUCAUGAAUCCAAAACCCUCUUCACAAUAACAGUAAUUACAAUCCUUCAACGCUGCAGGGAAUUGAACCUCUGCCCCCGUUGUUUUCUCAUUCUCCCUGACCCGUCAGCUCAGCCUGUGUGUAGACACUGGCCGUGUCCCUGCAGCUUGACAGCGGCCUCCAAUCGAUGCUGUUUUGACAGGGCGUUCCCAGCCCAAAGCCCACUGCUUAUCUCAUUAAUGCUGGCUUAGCCACGACCAGACAUUUUAUAACAGCUUUUCCGAAAAGAGCGUACCCCAGAUUGGAUUGGACGAGGGUCGGGGGGUGAAUGUUAUUGUAAUUGAGAGUGAUUAUCCCAUUAUCUCCUCUAACCCCUAACUGAGACACUCUCCCUCUCUCUCUCUGUUUAUCUUUCUUCUUGUUUUUUCAUCUCUCUGCUUUCCAUCUCUGCCUGAUGGCUGCAUCUGUUCUUUGUCUUCCUUCUUCUUCACUCUCUUUCUCUGCCGUUCUGCAGAAAUACUUAUACAUCGGAUCUCGCUCUGAGGUUCUCCAGCUGCCCUUGGCCAACUGCAGCCGCUAUCAGUCACAGCCAGACUGUCUGCUCGCACGGGACCCCUACUGCGCCUGGGACAGCGAGGGUCGAGCCUGCGUCCGCAUCGACCUUCACCGCGGGUGAGCCAUGCACCUAUAUACGCAUGCACCUAUGCAUUCCCAGAUCAUAAGGGUUUCUUUAAAGGCACAGUCAGGAGUUUUUAAAUAGCAGCAGCUUUAAGAAAGUGGAAAUUAUCAUAUAUUCAGGAUUUAUUGCAUGCAAACUAAAAAGUCCCAAGGAUUUUUCCAAUAAGCUUCGGUUAGAUGUUGAUUUCCCUUUUCCAUCAGGGCUGUGAACCUGCCCACAGCGCCAAAACUACGACUGAAUAGUUUAUGAUUCUAUUAUGCUCGAUUGUUUAGCCAACUCACCUGACUUGAGAGACAAGAAACACCUAAAUUAAACAUACAAGUCCGACUUAAAUAUUGUGCAUAUAGACGUUUCGAAGUUGGGAACUUUUCGUGGAUCUUCUAACAGUUUGCAAUACUUCAUUUGUGAGUUUUAUGAGCGAUAAGCCAAAAGCAUCCUUAAUUAAAAUAAUGAAGAAUAAAUGAGAGUGUACCUGUUUGAACUGAGUUAUAAAAAAAUAAGUUUCUCUGCAAUGUUCUAGUUAUUUUUCCGAGACUUGUCUGUAUUAUUUGCCCUUUCUCUCCACUUGACAAUGAAGCCUUUCAGUAGGAUAGAAACGGCGCCUUUAUUGCAGACGGUUUACCAGACUUUUACCCUGAAGGUGCUGAAAUAAAAUAAGAUCCUCCUGCUUUACAUGCUGAUUAACUCUCAGAAACAAAUAAAGGUGCAAAGUUUAAUAUAUAAGCCGAGAAGUGGAGGAAUAUGAAACAUCUUUGUCAUAAUAAUGUUGAUUAAAUUGUCAUAUUUGCAGGUUUUUUUGUGGCCAGGGUGUCAAAACUCUCCUGUCUCCUCUGCUAUAUUUGUUUUUUAAUGUGUUUUCUAUUGAUCCGGGCUGUUUGAGUGUUAUUAUAUUGCACAACAGAUUACACAUAGAGGAUCCAUUGUUUUCCCUGUGUGGAAACGUCCCUCCGUUCCAGUAAGAGACCAUUAACCACCUUCCGCUCUGCUCUCUGCCCUUUCCCCUCCAGCUCUACCUCCUCCUUGUCACAGGACCUCAUGCUGGAAAGGUUCAGUCGGGGGAAAGCCAAGUUCGAUAAGCCCGUCUCCAUCCCCAGCCCUGGUGAGUGCAGCGCCACACCUCAGCAGUGGCCCCUUGUGGGAAUUGAAUGCAAGUGCAGGGGCAAAUAUGUAGCAAGAAGGGAGACUUGAGCCUGACUGGGUGAAUACAUUUAGGCUGAGCUGUAUAAAUUGAAUUAAGUAGAGGAGAACUGGCAGGAAUAUAAUGAAUUGGAUUAAUAUGGAUGAAACUUAUCCCCCUCCUCUCCCCACUCGACUCUCUAACCUCUUUCUUUCCUCCUCCCUUUCUGCAGAGCACUCCCGUCUGAGAAACGUUACAGUGGUGGUGGGGUCUGACAUGGUUCUGCCCUGCCAGCUUGUCUCCAACCUGGCUCAGCCCUGCUGGGUCCUCAACGACCGUGAGCUUCAGCUGGGGGAUCCAGAGGCGGGUGGACCUCGCUUUGAUCGGACCCUAAAGGCCCUCGUCGUUCCUGAAGCAGGCCAGAUGCAAGCGGGUCGCUACAUCUGCUACUCAGAGGAGCAGGGGGUCAAGUUUCAGACGGAGAGGUACCAAGUGGCUGUCGUCGCAAGCGCUCCAGUCUUCAUGGAGGCCCGGGCCCCUGACAGCAGCAUGGGGCUGUUCUGGGUCCUGGUUAUCACCCUCGGAGCGGCAUGUCUCCUGCUCCUCGUCGCAGCUCUGUACCUGCGCAGGAGGCUGAAGCUCGCACUGGGUAAAGGAGCCGACAUGAAACCUCUUGAGAGCACUCUGGUCUACCCCAUCACCCUCCCCAAGGAGCCACCUACCUUUGUGCCGAGCAAGAUGCCCAGCGAUGAAGAUCGCUUCUGGGAGACUGGGGCUAACUACUACUACUCAGAUGGCUCGCUGAAGAUCGUUCCCGGUCACGCCCUGGGUCCCAGCAGCGUCAGCAGCACGGCGUCACCCAGCGCCAUUCCAGGCCAGCCCAUCCACUCCCCGAGCCGUCUCAGCCUCACCAACAUCCGGGGCUCUGGUAGCAACGGCUACAUCCGCCUCAACCUGAGCACAGCAGGGGAGGAGAGGGCUAGCGGGGCUGGCGCUGGGGGCGGCGGGCUCGGGGGCCUGGGCAUGGGCGGGAACGACUACUCCAGCCCCUUUAAGGAGGAGCUGAGACGCACUCUGCAGCAGAGGAGUGUGCUGCCCGAUGCCAACCCUGAGGAGUCGUCCGUCUAG